UUGGCGGGAAACAGAGGCCAUCUUGAAGGUUAUGCGGGGGAGAGAGAGGCUUAUCCUGCAUGUUGAUGGUGAUAUUCUGCUAAGCUGAAUGUAAAUGGCCGUGUCAAUUGGGAAAGGUCGGUAUUAUAAACUUUUCGCUGGAAAUUCACCACCGAAACGUUUACUCAUAGAAGACAUCAAUGAACCUGGAUUGCUGUCGGAUGAAUAUGUUCAAGGUUUGUGCAACACGGCGUCGAUAAAACCUACAAUUGUAGAUCGGAUCAUUCCUAACUUUUGUCAUAAGUGUGACUUACAGGGUUGAUGCGAUCGAAGAUUUUUCAAAACGGGGCGUUCAGCUCUAGCUUUAUUUGUUAGUUUUCCGUCACUCUAAAUUCAGAAGAAUACCCAGCCCACUAAAUAUCUCACUUGAAAAAACUGCUCCCGCUGUCCUGCAGUUGUGUACUAUUAUGCUGGGCCCGCAGUCCCACAGACUGGUAGUCGACAAAUACUAAAUCUAAGUGAGUAAAACUAGUGCUUCCGCAGUCCUGCGCUCCUACAGUCACUGAAAAGUGAAUAUUAAGUGGUUAUACAACUAGUGCUCCCACAGUCCCGCAGUCAAUGUUAGAAUUUAUUUAUUAUGCAGGUCUGACAGCUCAGGGGUUUCAUUAAGGUUUUGAACAGAAGGGCAAUUGGGUUUGACACCUGGGCAAAGAAUAAUUAUUGUCAAGGCCUGGAGGUACCCUGGGUGGGGGGGGAGGGAGCUACUCCCUUAUAUAAGCCAUAUAGGUAGUAUGUGCCGCCCCAUUGGGUAAGGUUUUUGUGCCGGUUUGGUCUGAAAACGGAUAUACACUUUGCCCAUUUUGGUCUGGAAUCGGGUAUGGUUUUCGAGGGAACUACAGAGUGUAUGAACAUAUUUAUCGUUUCAAUUCCAAAUGAGUAAGGAAAGAAAGAGAAAUUUGUGAAUUCGAAAUGGAUUGAAUAAUUUUUUUGUUCGCGCUCUAAUCUAUGUAAUUAUAACACAUAACAAAUGAGAGGAUUUCGUGCUGUGUGGGAUAAAGUGGUAAUUUGUCGGUAAAGUAUGUUUGACAUUCAAGAAGACUCAUCAAGAAAAGGGCAUGAUUGUAACUUAAAACUGUUUUUGAUCAUUCCUUGUAAAAAAAAAGUUCUUUGAGGUGUUAAGCAGCUUGGCAAAGUUGUGUUGUCAGCCGGUCGAUUUGCCUGGUGGCAUCGGAGAUCGGAGAAUUCCCCGUUAACUAUGCAGAAUUCUCCAGCAAAUGUUCGGUAGCCUAUGAGUAUUUGUUAUUCAGACGUGAAGCCCCUUUCAAAAUAUUCUCCUGUAACGUUACACCUUCCUCCUGCUACUUGAAUUCUUAGUGAAAACCCUGCAUAAAUGUUUAAAAUGUAAGGAGGCAUGGUAGGUACAUGUAUAAAAAGAAGGGAAGGCGAAAUGGAGAAGACAGCUCCAGUUGCUUUCCUUGCCAUCCCUUCCACCCCUUCACGAUUAUUGUACCUUUCACACGUACUGCAUUUUAUGACCUGAUAAGGGAUAUUUUUUCUGCAUCCUCGUGAAUAAUUUUUUGAUCCUGGGGGUACUUCCCAUAAUGGCCUAUACAGGGAGGCUCCACCUGAAAGGGGUACCUUGUAGAAGCCUCAGGUCUAUGAGAGGGCAGGGAUUUCACUAUUUGAAGUACAUGAAAGGGUAGAAAAAUCUGUCAUUUUGGUUGCUGAAAGCCCAAAAGGGCUAGCAAAUGCAUUUUAUUGCUGUGAGAAAGUAGAGGAAAUAUUCUGGUUUUGUGAUUUAUUCAUAUUGUGAAUACAGUGCCUUCACUUCAAGGUCAACAAAAGUAUGUAUAAACUGAUAUUUUGAAAAAGGAGUUAAGCAACUAAGCUUGAUUAAUAUACAGGGAAGGUCGCUGAAUUUGAACUGGAGUGACAAAAAAGUAAAGACAAAGAAUUGACAUGGUUGUUUUGAAAAGAAUUCAGUGUUUUGGACUUCAGUAAACUGUUUUUUAUUUUCUGACUUGUCAUGCUCUAAAAUUAUGGUUUGAGUUAUUGUGGGUAAUAUUAUAUAGAAAUGAUCUGAGGGGAAACAAAAACUACUUCGAGUUAGCAGGAGGCUCGAGUUAUCAAGGGUUUGAGGUACUGAGGGUAAAAUUACAGUAAAUGUAUAAAGGAAAUCCAGGGGAAAUCGACUUUGGUUUGAGUUGACGCGAGGCUCGAGUUAACAAUGGUUCUAGUUAGUGGGAGUAGACUGUAGGUAUCUGAAAGCCGUACCAUUUGUCAGUGAUAGGUAGACCUUUUCUGUCAAAAAUGAUACAUGUAUCAGGGCUGUGUCCUAGCAGAGCCCAGUGGCCUGUGGCGCCUAACUUUUGCCCUUGGGGGACAAGAAAAUCUUAGUUUUUUCAUACAAAUCAUAUGCUGGGUACCCUAGAUUUUACAGUUUCAGAGCACUGGGCUCCUUUCAAUUUUCCUUAGAGCACAGCCUUGAUGUAUGUAAAAGGGUAAGGGGUUGGCCCUUGGGGUGGAGCCACUCUGUAUAAAACUUUGAUGAGUACCCCCCCCCCCCAUUCAAAGGUUUGGAUAUUUGUUAUUUGGUAUCCAAUAAUGCCACAUACUUUUUCCUUAAUACUAAAAACUUCCUUACAAUAUCAACCAUAUAUUAUAAACAGAAGUUUACCUAGACUGCAAAACAGUCGGUUUUUUUCUCAAAAUCAGUAAAGAAAUCGGUAAAGCAUGGCGUAAGAGUGAGAGCGCGAGAAAAAAAACCGACUGUCCGUUUUCCAUACAAUGAGUUUGUUCUGACCAGGGGGUUAAAAAAUGUCGUCGAGCUGUCAAAAAUCUGUUCGCAACUCCGCCCUCUUUGUGAAUUUGAUAGACUUGCGUGUUAUUAUUGACACUGUAAUCCAGUAAUUUUAAAGCAGUUUUUAGCGUUGCUUCCCUGUGAAAUGUAGUGUAUAUAGUGAAAUGUAGUAUAUAAUUAUAGUGGAGGAUCAAAAAUGAGUGAAAGUGGCAGUACGACAACAAAGCCUGUGCCUGCUCCUCGAAGAGGGAGAAAGCCGAAAGAGGCGAGGUCUUUGGACAAAUUGUAGAAUGUGUGACUGUUGUUUCAAAACACAGUUCGGCAGUUUUACGAAUGGAUGGUUAAGCUCGGAAAAUUUGUUUGUUGCGCCUACCAGAAAAGGGGAAACGUUACCAAAGUGGGCCGACCUACUGAAAAACAAACUUUUCGUUGUCCUCGAGGAAGGAGAAUCUUUCUCCACAAGAGCAGUUUGCUCUCCGUGCAGAACAAUGGUUAAGAAACUGCCCCGGGAAACUGCACGGCAAUGCUUUCGCAAAUUACAGAAGAACUGAACACGCCAACUGACAAUGAACAAUUAUUGCGAUUGAAAAGAAUGAGUAAAUCCCCUCAUUCCAAUCCACGUCUUGGUGAUUUAGCUCUGUAAAUUACUAUCUGUGAGAAUUUUAAAUCCUGCCAAAAACGCUAAUGAGCUGGGCCCAGCGUGACAAAACAUUGCAGGAAAAAGUCACAUCCACGGACACAAAGAAAAUCGUUUAAAAUUAUUCAAAUCCAGGAGGCGCCUUGGAGAAAUAAAACAACCUAAACCCUUAAUCAGCCGCAAUGAAGAGCUUUACAUUUCUAAAGGGGCCAAGAAAGAAAAUGCUCUUGCGUCAGAGGGCAAAUCAUGCCUACCAGAGAAAAUCAAUAUGCGUGUCACAACCUCUCAGUACCAAAAUUCACAUUUGCUCAGUCAAAACGUUUUCCUCCAAAGCAAAAUCUACUCGACAGAGAAAACAAUUCAUUGGAACAAGCGGCAUGUUUGCAUGAGGUAAAAGUCGUGUGUUUCCCACCGAUCCCGCUUUUUUAGCCUGGCGAGAUAACAAUGACGGUCGGCCGUUGCACGGAACUUGAAGAACUCUUUGCAUGAACGAACAUCCAAUAAAUAAGGCUUUUGUCAAAUCCUGUUGGUAGAACACAGAAAACAUCCUUUCCCCUGAGUAGCAACUCCAAAGCUUCCCUCUGCUCUGAUUUUAAAACAAAUCCCAAUUCUUGCGAGCAAAUCCAGGCGAUCAACAUCUGUCAUUUUACAGCGAAAGCUUUAGCAAUUUGUCACGGUAUGGAACAACGUGAAUGACUUGUUGAAAACAUUACUUGACAGCUUGGUGACAGCUUGCAUCGAAAUUUAGCCAAUGGGAAUUGCCCGUGGCUGGGAGAAGUGGGUAAUUCCAACGAAUAUAACGUAUGCAAAACGGACAGUCCGUAUUUUUAGCGUCUCUCGACAGUCUCGCUCUCUGUUUUCAGCCUCAUUCCAGACCUUUUGUUUGACUGCUCGGGCGUACUUGAAUACGCAAAAAUACGGACUGUUUUGCAGUCUAAAGUUUACCCAAAGUGGCAUUUAUUGAAAAUUUUGUCAAGUUCUCAAAAAGGGGACCCUUGGUACCUUUAUGAUAAGCUGCAUUCAGAGAUAGUUACUUUGAGGGGUUGUUACUGGUAUUUUGAGGUCUCAACAGUGUUAACUCUUCAGCCAGAAAUUUAAAAUAACACUGUUUCUUAAUAAUAUUUAUCCAAUAUUUCAUUUGCUACCUUGAAUGUGACACAGUAUGAAAAUGGCACUAACUCCAGAGAUACUAUAACGAUAACGUAAUAAAAAAUAAGGAAUUUUUUAACCAGAGCUCUAGCUAUGUUCCUUGUCAUAAAAAUAGUGUAAAAUAAUGUUUAUCAGUCUUAAUCUGAUUCCCUUGUAUUAUUUCAUCAGGGAUUGUUGUUAAAGUUUUUCCCGUAAAGAAUUCAGAGAGGUUUGGAAAGCUCUGCAAGCUUGUAUUAAAGGAAGAUGUGGAAAAAGCAGCAAGGUAUGCACCAUGUGCCACAAUCAAUGUAUUUCUCUUGGGGGAUGUGGCCAAUGAAGGUGAAAGUGUCUGUGAGGGUGAUCGAAUGGUGUUAACAGAAGCUUUUGUGGAAUGCUCUCCUACUAAGGAACACCUUUUCCAGCUCAUUGUGUGGAGAGAGAAAUCUGAUGUAUCAGUCUGGGUCAUCAGUGAGAGAGGCAAGGUGAAGGCCAAUACAGUGAAUGGAGUGGACAUUUUGCCUCGUUCAUCUGAGAACAGAAGGGAGUUUGAGAAGGGUGCAGCAACUGAAAAUGGUAACGACUCUGAAGAAGCGGAAAAUCUCACCUAUCAAUCAUGUGAAUAUGACUUUACACAGCGAAGUUUUGAUGAUGAACAAUCAGAAAGGGUUGGUGAGAAAAGGAAGGGAAAGUUUCGGCUUGGACCCAGGGGUGUAACUCCCUCUCAUGUUAAGAGAAGUCUUAGCAAUGUUGUUGUGUUGCGUGAUAAGGUAAAUGAUGCACACGUGGCUAAAACUCUGCAGCGUGAGGAAAGUUAUACUAAGAGUAAAUCUACUUGUACAAAUGCUUCUGCAGAACUAAAUACUGCAAAUGUAAAUGCCAGAGGCAAUACUGCAAAUAUUGCACUGCCAAGUACAGCUGUUGAGACAGGGAGGCAGUCAAUGUUAAUGUCGCAAAAAGCAGCUCCUGGAGGCAAUGGGCAAUCCGCAAGCCUCUUUUUACAUAGUGCUGAUAGCACACCCCUGCGGGAUCUACCUCAGUUGAUGGCUAUAGACAGUGAGAGGCAUAGUCAGUCAACAGUGGGGGAAAGUAAUGUGACAGCGUCAGUGGAGGGAGCCAACACUGCAGCUAAAACUGCAGCUUUUAACAUUGAUGGAGAUGCCCUAGAAGCCAUAGCCACAUCCACAGAAAGAACUGCAGCUCUGAAUGAAGACCAUACAAAUCUGAGUCUAGGUAGGGUGGUUUUGUCCCUUACACAUGUGGAUAAAUAGUUUUUUUACAGUGGAACCUCUGUAAAGUGGAUAUCUUGGGCAAAGAAUUAAACCAUUCAUGCCUGAAUCACCAGUAAUGGCCCAUGGGGAUUCGCAAAUAAAUCACUUGUGAUGUCAUUAACUUUAACAGUCAUAGACAAUCACAUAGUACAGGGGGAAGAGAUCUUUCAAACCACGCCUGACAGAAAAAAAAAAAAAACAAAAGACCAUGUAAUGAGUUAUAAGCUCUGAAAAUUCCAAUAGAAAUAAUGUUCCAUCACCCACAAGCACUUUCUUCCAUCUCAUCCUGGGAUCCUAAAAGUUUUCCCAAAAUUCAGGAUUAAAAGGGAGAAUGAAAUUUGAUGUAUUUUUGUUGUUCUGGCUAUGUUUUAAGGGCAGUAGUUUGGCUUUUUUCUUCUUUGCAAAACAUUUUACCUUUUUAUCUAGCACCAUUACUACAGCUAAGCGCACACUAUCUAAUCCCCAGGGCUUGUCAGUUGCCAUGCCUUUUUCUGCUGUUACUCUGCGCCAUUGAUGCCAUACAACAAUAAUAUUUUAAACUUGAUAUUCUUUCCCAUGUUAUGUCUGUACCCAAUGAUUCCAUAGUGUAUUUUGUUUUAAUUUUUGUAUUGCAGAUGAUCUGGCAGAACAGCCUUAUGAAGAGCCCUAUGUGAUCUCCCCUGAAGAAGAGGAUAGGGUAUUUUUAAGAGCAAGAAACCAAAAAGGGUGAGUUCUUAUUGUUGCAGUUUGCUUGACCUCUAUGGCUGAUGUUCAGAAGUGAGUGGAAAGUGAAAACACAAAUGGUACUCAAGGAAUAGACUAGGAGAAGUCCCUCAUUUUUCCUCUGAAAUAAUACAGUAAACACCCGCAUAUAAGAACCUACUUUUUUUGAAGUCUGACAAAAUAGGCUCUUGUAUUUUGGGGGUACUUAUUGGCAAUUUAGGCUUCAGUGUAAGUAGGGUCUUAAUCAGGUUCUUAAUUCUUAUGAAGGAGAUAAUAAAUUGUUGAUCAGCAGAAAAAUACAUAAACUUUGGUUUGGUCAUUAAAAAUACAGUCUUAAUUUUAUUCUCAAUAAUUGUGAAUAAAAUUAAGACUGUAAUAUUGUAUUAUUAUUACAAUAACAAAACUGAUUACUGAAUUUCUUUUAUACGGUUUGGUACAGUAUCUUGUUGUUAUACUUAAAUUUACAAUCUCAGUUACACUCCUUGGUUAAAUAAUUGUUUAUUAUAAUACCCCACAUAUAAGAACCUGCUUCAUCUUGCUAGGUUGAACAAGUUCUUGUAUAUGUGGGUACUGCACAUGUUGGGUUUUGCGCUCCUGGUUUUUUUAGUUUUUUUCCCUACUCCUUACCUAUUAAUUACCUGCCAUGCCGACUUGAUAUUGUGGAGCCAUUUUUGGGGGAGUGGUUGGUUCAAGCCUCUCCCAUCGCGUUGUUUCCUUAGACAAGGAACUUCACUCCACUUUGUCCCCAUUUACUCAGGUGUAUAAAUGGGUACUGGCGACAUACUACUGGGGGGUAACCCUGCGAUGGACUAGUAUCCUGCCAGGGGAGAGUAGCGAUACUCCUAGGUGCUUCAUGCUAAUGAAACCGGGAUAAGCUCCAGUCGUUUGGGCCUUUAGCUCCAGUGCGCAUUUACCUCUACUUGUGCAGACUUGAGUGGAAUUUGCUUGAGAAAUUGUCUACCGUGUAGUAUGUAUUCUUCAUAAACAAGCUGGAGUGUUUUAAGAAGUUUCUAAACUGUGGUGCAGAUAAGCUCCAAGCCUCAGAGAUAUUUCAUCCUAAAUUCAUGAUAAGUAGCCCCAGAAGACAACAACAGCAUAGAAACUGUAGACCAAAGCUUCAACUAAAUUUCUAUCAGGAUAACUUAUAGCAAAAUGACUUUAGGAAGACUUGUAUCAAACUAAAGUAUUUUUGUAUUUCAUAAAUUAUUGAAAUUCUGGUGAACUCCCCUUAUUAAGUUUUUUUCCUUUAUUCCCUCGUAUAAAAAGAGAUGACCCGGCAACCACAUCCAGUGUGAAAGGUUUAAUGCCCAGUGACUACACUCCAGCAGCAAGUCUCUUGAUGUGCAGCAAAGGUGUGUAACCAGGAAAAAGCAAUUUGAUGUCUUUAUGUGCAGUAGCUCAGAGCUUUUGCCAGGCAUUCAUAUUGUGGGUACAGUGUAAUGAGAUGUGAGCAGGAAAAAAAGUGAGACAGUAGGGUUAAGGGAGUGAGAGCAAAGGGUCACGGAAGGUUCCGUCCUAUCUAUCCCUCUCCUGUGAUUUUGUUACAAAUAGUUAUGCUAAGUCCUGGGACUCAUCUUGAAAAAAAUCAUGAGUCCCAUUCCACACCCAGUGUGUCCCAGUUCAAAAAACAAUGAGACAUAAAUUGAAAAUGCUUGGGCCUUUAUGUAACCAGGUUAAUUUGACGACAGACUCCAAAACUCUUUAUUACAGUUCACUGAAAUUAAAAUGUGGUCCUUCUAUUUAAAGGGCAAAAAGACUAAAAUAAAUAUGCAUCGUUAAACAACAACCACAAUAAAAACCACAGAAAUAAUAUGACCAGGACAUUCAGACUACAAACCAUCUUCAGAUCGAUCAAUCCAUCUUUGCGUCCUACGGGAGGCAUACCAAGAAUAAUUUUGCAUCUUUGGGAAUUUUCAUCACAGAGGUAACAAAGUCACUGCCUUUCUUUCUCUUUUUGUUCCUGCUCUUUGACUUUGUGCCACACGACACUAUCUGAGUGCCUGGAAAAGGCUAAGUAGCUCACAAAUCGCUGCUGUCUACUAAAAAGCUGAAACUUCAGAUCAUUCCAGAAAAAGUAGCAGAUUGACAAAAAAUUAUGUUGAAAAAGAGAAACAGAAACCCCAAUCCUAAUCUGUAAAACAUCGAAUUUCCUAUUUGUCUGUUUUAUUGAAUUUUAUUGUAUUUAUAGGUGCUCUUGGGGUCCUCUGGUGUUUGGGAGGUCAUAAGUUAGAAUCCUGUGGGGAUUCUAACCUGUGACCUGGAAAGAAACUACGGAAUCAGCCGGUCCCCCCCUUCCCCACCGCCCCGCACUCCAGGCUAGCCACGUUCGAGUUUGAACCUCGAUUUCGAUCAUGAUUAGAAUUAAGCGCUGACAAUACUGAUUAGGAUUAAGCACUGACUCGAAACGGUUAGCUUUUAUUUUUUACAGUGAGGUUUAUCACUAUAUGAAGGUCGUGGGGUGAACUCAAGUUUACCCCAUGUGUGUGUGUGUGUGGUAGGGGUUUUGGGGAACCAGCUUAAAUCACCGGGAAAAAGUUUGUGUCUGCGUCCUCUAUUUAAUGACCUUUUUCAACUCACUCUCCGUUUUUAUCAUUCCCUUAAGUUACAUUUUUAUCGGAGAGUUAAGCUAACCUAACAUAAUUUUAAAAAGUUUCCGGUUUAAAAGUCUUCCUCGCGCUUAUGGAAAGGUUCAGAAACUAGUAAUGAGAAAGGUCAGACAGGGUCCGAAAUUGCGCCUUCCUGGUCGCCAAUGCGACCAAAAAUUUAGUUCUGGCGACCAGAAUUUCAUAGCUGGUCGCCACCUGGCGGUUGUUAUUGUAGACUUUCAUGUUCGGAGAAAAUGAUUAAGAAUUGAAACCUCGAAGCUCUUUGAAAACAGAUGUCUUACUUUUUGUCCUGCUGAUAUUUUUUUAAUUUAAAAGUGAAACGAAUCUUCCUGUAAAUAUACCUCCACAACAGCUACGAUCCAUACGAGCUGAACGUUUCCAAGCCACCAAGACGAAUUUUUGGCGAAAAUAAUUUGCCCUCUGGCGACCAAAAAUUUAAACUUGCUCACCAGUUGGCGCCCAUAUUAAAAAGUUAAUUUCGGACCCUGUCAGAUAAUGGACAACACCUUUUUCAAGAUUACCUUACUUGGGGGAAGGGUGAUGUGGGAAUGAUCUUUGAAUACAGGCUUUAGCGUUACUUGCGUUUACAUUUGUUAGAUGAUGUUUCAAGGUCUCCUCUUCGUCAAGUACUUGAUCCUAAACUACGACUGCCUACUACUCCUAACUCCGAAGCAGGGCCUUCCCAGCCAUCGCCAUCACGCGAUCGAUCGCCGGUAAAGGCCUUUCCGGUUCGAGUUGGGAAGAGAUCGUCGCGUGCUACAGCGGAUUAUACCGUGCCUCCUGGUUAUACCACCCUGGCCAAUUUGCAACCUGAAACAACUGUUAACGUGUACGGCGUAGUUAAGCUCUUUAAGCCAGCGUGGAAAUGCCGGGGCACCGAUAUGUGUUCGGUGCUGAUGUUGAUGGACCCGACUGCCGCCGAAUCGGAUGGUCUCGAGUGUGUGUCGUUCCAGCCGAGUGUAUCCCGACUGCCGGAUGUGCAUAAGGUCGGGGACAUUGUCAGGCUUCACCGCAUCAAGAUUAACCAGUAUCAGGGGAGGCUGCAAGCUAAGUCUUCGCGCGGUUUUGCCGCAGUUGUGUUUGACCGCGAUGCAGACCUUCCAGUUACCGCGGAAAUGGCUCGGGUUUCCAGUUCCACUUUCACGUUGACGCAGAGUGAUAAAGAAACCGUAGAGUGUUUAAAAAACUGGUGUGAUGACCACCCUGUCCUAUUUCCACCUAGCAACUUUCUGACGGUGUCCCAGAUCAACCCGGACUGCUACUUUGAUCUCGUCUGCCAAGUUCUCGGGAUCGCUUUACACCGUGCUCUUGACUGCGUAGUGCUGUACGUGACCGAUGGCACUCAACCCAAGCACGAUCUUCGAAACUGUGAUGGUGAUGACUACAGUUUGAUUGAGCCUCUAUCCCGUGGCUCCACACAGGAUGACGAUGUGAUCUCUGUAUUUCUUUACGGUUCCCAUGCAGAAGUGGCCCGUCUCCUGGCCAAGCAGGACGAGUAUGUUAUCCUUCACAAUGUACAUUCUCAAGUUCUGAAGGGUAGUGGUUCUGUCUGCAGUGUCCUGGAUGUGGUGAAACCCUAUCUGGAGCUCUGCCUUCACAGGGGGACGGCCUUUGGGCGUGGUUUGUCUGUCCUGUCACCUGAUUCUCAAGAAGUGAUGCAGAUUAACAGACGCAAAGGUCUAUAACUAUCCCACACCUUACUUCAUGAACUGUGUUCAUUUACCAAGAAGUUCUAUAAACUCUCGGUCUUGAAUUUGUAGUUGUAUUUGUGUUAUAACAAGAAAAUUGGUCAAUCAUUAUCCAUAGUCGACUUGUUCAGAUUUCUCGUCUCCCUUCAUUCCAUGCUCAUGAAUGUUCUCCGUAUUCAUUUUCAUAUUCACGUCGAUAUUUCGCGAAAAACGAACUCUGAAGCAUCAGUUGAGUGUAUGUGCAAGCUAUGCUUGAAAGUACUUCUGUUUGGUUGUUUGUUUGGUCUUAAACAAUAAAAUUAGGUUAGACGCUAAUAAUGUUUAGUCCAGUAGUUUUUUAAAAGUGUUUUUAGCACCCAGAGCAUCCAACUUUUUUUCUAAAACGGUCUCGACAAAUCUCUCCUAGCCUCUCAGGAAGGCCUGAUUGUCACAUGUUGGUGUCAGUAAAACUCCGACUCAGACGAGGCUGGGUCCGGGGGGUACUCCCUAUAAUGGCCUAUACCGGGAGGCUCCGCCCGAAAGGGGUAGGGAUUUCACUAGUUGAAGUACGUGAAAGGGGAGGGAAAUCUGUCAUUGCGGUUGAUGAAAGGCUCAAAAGGGCUAACAGAUGACUUUGCAUUUUUUAUAAUCGGAAGUUUACGGUGUCCAGUGAAGUGAUGGUGAGGAUGAUGCCCGGGGGGAGGGGGGUAAUUGGUCUAAUUUUUGCUGACUUGGGCCACUGGCCUCCCAGAACUGAUACCCCGUUAUAGUCUAUUCUGUGGCCAAUUAUAGACUUAAUCAGGAACCAAUUACCCCAACUAAGUCACUUUCUGUUUCGCCGAUUCCGUUCAUGCAUUUACCUUAAAAGCCUUCUAACUAGGGGCGCUUUCCUUUUGUCACAACUGGCCCGCCGGACCACUGCAGGACCAGUCAGUUAGCAAAUGAAAUCGGCUUUUUCCAUCAGGGGUUUUUGCUGAAAAACUCUCUCCUUCGUGAAUAUUAUUUAGGAUCUGACUGAUCUGGCCUGAUAGUUUUGAUUAAAAGUGAAAUCCUCAUUAAGACGGGAAUGGUCUGGCCGGUCAGUUCUGACAAUUGGAAAGCGCCCUAGGUCGUCCUGACGAAAAGUAACACAUUUUAAAAUCCCUUCUUACCAAAAUUUUCUAGCCCUCGUAGCUGGCGGGAUUAGCGGGCGAAUGUUGUUGUUUUUCAGCGGUGGAGCCGCGAGAAGAUUGGGAGCAAGUCCCUUGAGGCUUCGCCGCUCGCUUCCCUUGGCGGCGGCUCCGCCGGCAUAGCCUGCGUAGCAGGCGCUUGGAAGUAGUGGGCGCAAGAAGGAAAACCCCGCGCGUGUCUUCCUCUCGCGCGCCCGUUCUAUGUUGCGCCCACUGCUACCGGGGGGGGUACUCCCUAAUAUGGGCUAUAUAUGUAUGUGCGGCCCCAAAGGGUAGGGUUUUUCAGCCGUUUUGGUCAUAAAUUGGGUAUCGAUUUUGGCUAUUUUGCCGCCAUUUUGGUCAUAAAUAGGGUAACGAUUUUUGCACUGUAGUCUUGAAUGCACUUUUUUAGAAGAAGCUACUUCCUUAUCGUGUCCCCCUAACCUAAUAAAAGCAGAUAAACAUUGCCUUUAACAUUGGUCUGAACUAGGGAAAUAAUUAUAAGGCAGGUCUGAAACAGGGUAUUGAUUUAAGGGUCAGGUCAUAAAUAGGGUAUUAAAUUUUUGGUUAGGUCAUAAAUAGGGUAGGGAAAAUCGCAGAUUUUGGUCAUAAAUAGGGUAAGGGUUUUGGGAAGCGGGCCGCACACCCCUACCCAAUUUUUCUGCGAGUACCCCCGGGGUUAUAGCUUUUUAAUAAGCUUAACAGCGUUUGGACUGUUUUGUUAUCACUGUUGCCACUUUGUGAUCAGGCAAGACCAUGGUUUCGGUUCCCCAAGCGAGCCUCAUCAGUUGCCUGAUUGGCUUUGUGCUUAGUUGCUUUUACGAGAGCAACUUUAGUUGUUCUCUUUUGUGGCUAGAACGGUACAACCGUUCCUUAUACUGAGCCUUGACCUUAAGCAUUAAUACCCGCGAGGCGGAUCGAGCGGCAAUUGAGCCUGACAGAGGAGUCAGGUCGGAAGUCGGAAGUCGGAAGUCAGAAGUCGGAAGAACCUCCUCGGCUUUCGUAGUUUGGGGUUUCCCAGGAACGCUUUUUUUUUAAAAAAAAUACCAAUAUCAAUACCAAAUACCGUAUAAACGCGUUGGUCAUACGAUAGCCUUUGCAUUCGUUUGUCUUAAGUUAGUUUCAUUAUCGAGUCACUGUUUUAUAUUACGAAACUCGGGAUCGUUUUUUCUUGUAAGUAUUGUGAGAUUUUAGUUCAACUUUUUCAGUAGUUAGGAAAAUGUUCUUUCUGUAUUAUCUAUAAAACACUAUAUUCCGCACUUUUUUAAUAAGAUGUGAAUUAUGACUAGUGACUAGGGAGGUGAAAUCUGUACCCCGAAAACUAAAAUAAAAGGUUGUUUAGCCUCAAGUUUGUCACCGUACUUUGCGUUUUAUUUCUAAUCAAGCUUCGUUGACCUAAGACGAACAGCAUUUAUGAUAUGUUAGACUUGUUCAAGACCUGAAGAUCACAAAGAUUUAAAAACAUUCUGAUUAGUGGGAUGGGCUGAAAAGUAUUUUUCACGACCCUGCAGUUCUUAUUUUAUCACAGAGUAACAUGGGGACUGUGUUCCCCGGGCUCCUUCUUUAACAAAUACUAUACAUUACAUUACAUUACAGUAAUGUUUGUCUUGAGAGUACAUGUGUUAUAAAAAGCGCUGUCGAACUCCACUCGAACCCUCAUACUCACGCUGUACAUCAUGAAAACAACUAUCCACUACAUUUCGUAUCAGUGGCAUAUUCAGCUUUAACAAAUGAACCCUUUUUAUUAUUGCUUAGCCUUGGCUCGUUCCCAGUCAUCUCUCGGUCUGCUAUUGAUAUUCAAGAGAGAAGCGCAGGGGAGAGCGAAGGGCGAUGGGAAGGAGCAAAGACAGGAGACCACUGGUAGAUCCUGUGUUCUCUUUUUUUUGUUCUUUUUUUUUUUGCCAUUUUUUUAGUUUUUAUUUGGAAUUUUCAUGUUACAGAGUACACUCAUUGAAUCUAACAAGGAAAAGGCAAAAACAAAAAGAAAAAAAAAACAAAUAAAAGAAAUAAAAAUAGCAAAUAGUCACACCUACUACCUAAAUCUAAACUGCAAACCAUUAUCUAAGUCGAUAGAAAAUACAACAUCUUUACAUUUACAUAUAAUAUUCAAUUGUUAAGACGAUUGAUUAACUUUUCCCAGUUACUAAGAUGGCCCUUUUUCCUGGCAAUACAAAGUUCAACGUUGGUAAAUACGCCUAGUCCUGGAAAUGAGUCACCGAGGGGAGGGCAUACCCUUUUGACAUUUUUGUUAAUAAAUAUAUUAAUACUUCCCAAGUAGUAAACUGUGAUUGAUUAACUUCUUUAACAUCAAAUUUAUCGAAGAUUGUAUCCUCUUUUUUUUAAGUUCUCAACAAUGAUAUUAUCAUCUUGCAACCAGGACAAGGCUACAAUGGCCUGCGAACAGCAGACGCAUUCUCCGAUCGUCGCUUCUCUCCCUCCGAAAAAUAGAGAAGGGAGAGAAGCGACGACCGGAAAUGCGUCUGCCAUUUGCAGGCUAGGACCACAGGUAACCCAGGCUCUGUGAUAGUACCACAGUACGGUUCCAGUAAAAUUACAGUGUUUGUAUGGGGUAAAAAUAUCAUCCUAAAAUUUCUAGGAAAUACUAAAUAAAGAUCAAUAAAACUUACUCUGCAGUUAAUUGUUGUUGUCCUUAUUGCUCCAACGAAGUUUCGUGAUAAUUUGCAGUAAUUUGUUCAAAUUCACUCUAUCUACAAUAAUAAUAUACAAGGUAGGAAACACGAGGUGCCAUUUUCGCCGACAUGCUCUCAUUCAACACAACUUUUUCCACGAAAUUCGAACUCCAACGGAAAAUAAACAUGCCAGGAUCGUAGAAAUAGGAUAGCAGCAGAUAUAGAAACCAAUGAAGCUUUCCCAGAUAGAGAAACGAAUCCCACAGACUUCGACAAACUCGAAGAAUAUAAUCCAAACACACCGAGAAUACGCUCGCCGAAGCAGCCGGGCCAGAUCAACGCGCGGCCAAGAAAAUGAAGCCUGGGCACUGUACAAAAAAAUUCCAUCCCGGGGGUCCUGGGGUGACCUUUCUAGGGACCGAUACAUCAUUUGCCCAACGCCACCCUCCCCUGCUAGAAAAAUACUUGAUAGAAGGCAAUUGUUCUUCCUAGCCAAUCACUAUGGCCUGUUAUAAAGAGAUUAUUUUCCUCUCGAACUAUAUUCAGCUCCUGGCGCUGGUCCUCAGAAAGUUUAUCAAACAUCAAUAGGGCAAGGUUAUAAGGGCAAAGGAAAGAACAACGAAGGACGAUUUACAAAACUUAAAACGAGCAAAAGAUAUAAGUGAAUUUUGGCUCUUACCGAGGCAUUUGUACAACAGGACCAAAUUCAAAGAGAGGUGUAUCACGAUGAUUCACAUAUUUAACCGAUAGAGCGUUCACUUGUAUUGACAAGAAGUCGGCGUGUUACUGCCGCAUUAAUCGCUAAAUAUGUUAAUCGCGCUAGUUCUUUGUUUACUAGUGCACGUGCCUUUCACAUUCGUCUCAGUUAUCGCAAUUCAUAUUCUGUCGCAAUUUUCUGUAUAAUUUUUGACAUUAGUUUGUAAGCUUCACCGUUUAUUUACGAUAGUUUCGCUCGAGAGUUCACAGCAACAGUAUCUCAGUCAUCAUCUACCUUUUGUUCAACCUCGUUUUUAGCCCGCCUUGUAAGCAUUUCGCGUUCUUAUUUCAUUAGUUUCAUUACUGUUAUUUGCAUUCCUUAGUAAAAGAAAUGGGCAGCCUUGUAACUCCGAAGACUCUCCCGAUUAUAUUACUUUUUUUUUAGCCAUUUAAAUUCAGGCGCGUGUGCGGGGUUUGCUCUGGCAAAUGGUGAUUGGCUAGGAAGAACAAUUACCUUCUAUCAAGUAUUUUUCCAGCAUGCAGGGGAGGGUGGCUUUGGGCAAAUGAUGUAUCGGUCCCUAGAAAGGUCACCCCAGGACUCCCGGGAUGGAAUUUUUUUGUACAGUGCCCAGGCUUCAUUUUCUUGGCCGCGCGUUGAUCUGGCCCGGCUGCUUCGGCGAGCGUAUUCUCGGUGUGUUUGGAUUAUAUUCUUCGAGUUUGUCAAAGUCUGUGGGAUUCGCUUCUCCAUCUGGGAAAGCUUCAUUGGUUUCUACAUCUGCUGCUAUCCUAUUUCUACGAUCCUGGCAUGUUUAUUUUCCGUUGGAGUUCGAAUUUCGUGGAAAAAGUUGUGUUGAAUGAGAGCAUGUCGGCGAAAAUGGCAGCUCGUGUUUCCUACCUUGUAUAUUAUUAUUGUAGAUAGAGUGAAUUUGAACAAAUUACUGCAAAUUAUCACGAAACUUCGUUGGAGCAAUAAGGACAACAACAAUUAACUGCAGGGUAAGUUUCAUUGAUCUUUAUUUAGUAUUUCCUAGAAAUUUUAGGAUGAUAUUUUUAUCCCAUACAAACACUGUAAUUUUAUUACUGGAACCGUACUGUGGUACUAUCACAGAGCCUGGGUUACCUGUGCUAGGACAAGCCAUGUUUUCAAAAAUCACAGGAUCCUUUUCAGGAAAAGAGUAAAUGCUCGAUGGUUCAACCUCAGUUUGGCAGAAAGCAAUUUAUCUGCUUCAACCACGUCAAAACUAAAAAGUUUCUCGUUUGUAUUAAAAUUCAAUAUAGUUCAUUUUGAACUGAAAUUCCUUAAGUUUGGAUUCUAACUCUAUACGCUGGGAAAGAUAGCAAGUAAACUCUUUUCCAAUCAACAGUUAAUGGCAGAUCCGCUUUCAAGAUAGCGGAUGAUUAAUGGCGGACUAAGGUGAAAUUUGAAACUUGGAAAAUAGGCCAUUUCAUCUGGCCCAUUUGACCAAGAAGUUCAGUACCUUGCCGUCAUGUGCCCUUUCGUUUCCUCCUUCCCAUCACCCUCGCACUUCUUCGGUCGCGAGUGUGAUCCAACUAGAGACGAACGGGGACGAGUCAGAGCCGAAAGAGCUUAGCCUGUUCCAGGCUCUCACAUAGUGUUCGCACUUUCUCUAUUUCAUGGACCCGACUAUCUCGAAGCCUGGAACAGGCUUUCAGGGGGAGCGCUGAGAGGCGGAAAUGGUCGGUCAAAAUUAUGGAAAACAGACACCUUUUCGGUUUGUACGUUUUGUUUCCUUUUCAGGUCACGUGAUGUUCUUUAGGCAAUUUGCUUUUUGUCCAGCCUCCCCGCAGACGUCCUUUGGGGUUUGUUCGUCAGGCAUUCAUUUUCCCUUACGGGGGAGAAUUGAAUGCGUGACGAACGAACCCCAUAGGACGUCUGCGGGGAGGCUACUUUUUGUCCUUUCAUAAAUUAUGCUUACAUAUGCGCGUAUUUAAAAGAAAUUUGAAAGAAACAAUUCUCUGGGGUAACAUCACGUGGCAUGAAAUGGGAUAACAAACCAUACAAGCUAAAAAGGCCCUUUGAAAGGCUCCGAGUUAGGGACCAGUCAUAAUUUAAGUUGGAGGGGGGUGGAGGAGAAAUUGUUUUUUAUCCCAAAUUAGUUCCAGACCCCCACUAAUAGCACCCAUGUUUUUUAGGUACCCCCCUUCAAUCAUGUUAAAGGAUUUAAGAGCCCCCCUUUCUUAUACAUAAUACCCAAAUGGUAAGAACAAAUAACAUUUUCUUUACUUUACCGUUCUUACUCACUGUCACUUCCGAAUGUGCCAACUAACAACAGAGAAGCACUUCACACUAAACUGAGAAAGAGAUUUCACCCAGAGCCUCUCAAACAGCUUAUAGAGCAAGGAUGUAUCAGUGAUUGUGUUAUAAUUGAGAUAAGACAAGCCAUCGAAAGGUUAGAGGCCGUAAGGACCGCUUCAAGGAAGAAAGAAGAUAAUCAGCCAAAGCUUACUGCUUUUUAUAUGAGCAGUACAUGCUCUAAUAGCAAAAAACUUGACAGUGACACAGACAGUGAGUCCACAUCAACCUCAUCUACAAAUAAUGAUUCGGAUAGUGAGAUUGCAUAACAUGACUUUAUGCAUGUAAUCAUAUGUUAAAAUGCCGAUGAAUUUGUUUCAGUGUUACACAAUAAUGCAUGUUGUGUUGAUGCACCUACUAUCUGAGCAUUAACUCUUUUUGUCAAAAUGCUGAUUAAAUUGUUUUAGUAUUCAUGAUAUUACACAAUAUAGGACUUUGUGUAAACCUGAAUCAAAAUCAGGUCCUUUAAUACUUGAACAUCAUGCUGCUCAGUAGGGAUGCUACUUACAAGAAAUUUGAAGGCCCCCCCAAGGUCAUCUUUUGGCAUUUUAAGGCCCCCCAUAUUCCAUCCAAAAAAAAUUGAAGGCCCCCCAAUUUCUCCUCCCCCCCUCCCCCCACCCCUCCAACUUAAAUUAUGACUGGUCCCUUAGGAAAACGGUAGAUCCUUUAAGGACUUCUAAAAUACAGUCAAACCUCUUUAAAGUACUCAUAACCUAAAAUUUUAUAUUUUGUUAUCUGAAACUACACCUUAUUAGAAUAACUUCUGCUAAAACAUUUUGCGAUUUGAACCAAAGACGAUUUUUUCAGAAUUUUUUAAAAACGUUCAAAUUUGCCGCCAUUUUGGCACACCAUUCGUCUUAGUCUUCUCUCGGAGUAUGAUGUCAUAUGACGUGCUUUAAGGAACACGUGACUUCAUCGACAGGAAAACAUUAAGAGUUCUGGUAGGUUUUUCUGUUUCGGAAAAACUUUCUUCUUGCGAAGACGUUGUGAUUCAAUCCUUAGUUGUAAUUGAUCUUCUUUGUGUACAGCUGGUGAAGGCAAGGUAAUGGGAGUUACUUAAUUUACGUCACAUGACGUCAUAUGUGAACCUGCUAGUUUGCGUGACCAGCGUCACGGGUGUACCGCAAAAAUGUAGACUUCAAAAAUUGGUUAAAAAAAAUCGCGUUUUGUUCAAACCGCAAAAUUUUUUCGCAGAAGUUAUUUUAAUAAGGUAUAGUUUCAGAUAAGAAAAUAAAAAAUUUUAGGUGAUGGGCACUUUAAUACGGACACCAAAGGGACAGAACCAAGUGUCCGCUUUACAGAGGUGUCCGUAUUGUAGAGGUAGGAAACGGUAUCAUUUUUGGCAUUUCGGGGACCAAACGAACUGUCCGUAUAAUAGAGGCGUCCGUAAGGAGACGUUAGACUGUAUACUUUAACGGCUCUUGAUUGGAAAUCGAAUUAAAUUUAGAAAUUACAACCGCCCAAUAAGCCGGCGCAUUUGAUCGCUGUACACAUGUCGGAGCAAAAUUUACUUCUAUAGUAUCCUAACUUUCUUUGGUCUUCUUAUCUAACUUUAUGUUUAUACUAAGUACUAUGAUCACUUCACAAACCGUUGUUUCAGUUUUCAGUAAAACGGUAGACGCCGGAGAACUCAAUCAGUAAAACUUGGGAAGGUUGGUUUAGGUCUCCGAAAGUCCCUCAAACAGCGAUUCCUCCGGCUUAUUGAGUUUCCGUAUGAUGUGCAUGGAAGAACUGAAACUCACUUUCAAAGUAAGUCCGAUCGCCACAGUGCGAAGGGCAGUUAGUUUUAAGUUGUCUAAGGAUCCUUCAGAAUUGAGAACAAAAUAAAACACGGCAACGAUGCUGCUUUCCAGAUACGCAAAAAUCAUGCACACGCUAAUGUAGAAAACGUAACGCGUGACAAACUUGUGCUUGUUUAAAAUGAUUGAGAAAAGCAGAUUACACAUUGUGCAAACGGCGUUGUAAGAUGCGAAAUAGCCAAAAUAGUAUGUCGAGGUACAUAAAGGGACCACUACAGCUAAAACCAGCAACGAAAUGUUUGAAGCAAACCAGUUGCUACGAAUAAGUUUUAAAAAAUUGAUAGGAACAACCCAAGUGGAAGUACAAGCUAACCGACUGUACAGUAAGAAACAAAAUAUCUGAAUAAGUGACCACAGCAAAACAAUUAGAAUAAACGCGAUAAGUGCAGAAGGUCCAUAUGCCAUGUUGCGGCAUUUGUCUAGGAGGUCGGAGAGGAAGGAUUUUGCUCCUAGUCCGGGAUAUGAAAAGCUGAGGUGCGAAAUGUAAUCAAAUCUAAAAAAAGAUAAACCUCCACUAGAUAUACCCAUUGGAAGAGCGGCAAUGAUAAGUAUUAGGUAAAAAAAACACAAUAACCCUUUGUAAAAGAAGUUUUUCAAACUUUUCACCCUUCCACUGCGUCGGGGUUGUCUUGUAUUUUCAACGUCAAGUAACGGUUGUUCCUCGCAGCUUCUUUGAAUAACAGAAUUUGGGGGCAAAAGUUGACGUGACUCCUCAGUUCCAUUUUCACCUUCUUCCAUGGUUCGAAUUUCGUUUUCAACAGCAUUUCUUUCGUUUUCAGUUGUUCGCUCUUCCGCUUCUCGUUGAUCAUCUUGACUGUCAGACAUCCAACAAAAUUUCCUUGUACGUCUCAUCCACUCGAGUGUAAUUAAAGGUCCAAUAAGAAACCAAAAAUAUAGUCUCUUUAAGUAAGAUUCCAUUUUCCUCAGUUUAUCUGUGUCAACAAUGGCAAUGUCAACAUAAGUUCGAUCUGCAUUCCAAAGUGUUGAAUCAAUUUGCAAACUUGCUACUGGAAUUAACACUUUGUUCUUACUGUUCUUCAUUAUCGCCAAAGUCUCAGAUCCACCAUAUAUCAGCACAGAGUACCCUGCAUUCUGCACAUUUCCGGCAAGCUCUUGUAACGUACACGUAGAUUCAUCCACAAGGGUGACAUAAGCUAUUUUGGGAACUGGAGUCUUUACUUUGCUUACAUCGUCGAGCGCUUGACAUGCAUUUGUGAGGCUCAAAUACACAGCGAGACAUCUCACUGAAUUGCCUGUCGUUGAUUCCCGAAUAAAGGAAACGACACUGGGUGGUUUAAGUUCAGCUCUAAGUUCCUCUGAAUAAGAGGACGAACCAGAAACUUCCAAUUUCCCCUGCCCUGUCCACAGAAUCAAAUCGAAUUCUCCAUUGUCUUUCGGCGCGCUGGCAUACAGGUUGCCUACUAUAUACCACGAAAGACUUAAAUAUGUUAAAAUAACGCAUACAACUAUGAAGAAAAUGCAGCUGCUGAUUACGAAGCACUUUCCCGACAUCUUUGUAACGAGAACAAGAUGUUACUGGAGACAGAAAAUUGAGCAUUAUGUUUAGCAGAGGAGGGUCUUCCGACUUCCGACUUCCAACUUCCAACUUCCGACUUCCGAUUUCCGACUUCCAACUUCCGUAGCAAUGAAAGGCGGUGGUAGGCCUGUACGACUUUUACGUUAUGCUAAAAUGCUGCUUGUUCCAAAAACGUUUUUUUCGUUCUGCUGGGUAGAUUAUGCUCUAGAAGGUUCUGGUUAAGCCGCCUAUUUCACAUUGAGAGGUCAUGGCACAUAUAUCGAUUUACUGUAGUUUUUGUUUCUGGUCGGCAGGAUUUGCCCUCUUAUGCAAGAGCAUAUUCUUUAAAGCUUUUUAUUACGGCCGAGUAAGGGCUCUAAUUUUCUCCAAAGUGCCUUCUGGACCUGAAUAACUAUGUGACUGUUUUUAGUCCGUGAACAUGCAAUGCUGUAUCACGCUGGGCCCAGCUCGUUAGUUUUCUUUGCAGAAUGUUAGAUUAUCACGGAUAGUGAUUUAUAGAUCCAAAGUGAUAAGAAUGAAGUGCAGCUUAAAAUGAAGCUGCAUCAACUAUGGAGAAUUGCAUUGUGACUCAGCAGAUUCCUGCUUAGGGUUUUUCUAAAGAAAAUGUGAGUCUUUUGACUGGACCGCGUAUUUCCUUACUUAUAGUCUUACUUGGUUAUAGCCCCGGGGGGUACUCCCUAAUAUGGGCUAUAUAUGUAUGUGCGGCCCCAAAGGGUAGGGUUUUUCAGCCGUUUUGGUCAUAAAUUGGGUAUCGAUUUUGGCUAUUUUGCCGCCAUUUUGGUCAUAAAUAGGGUAACGAUUUUUGCACUGUAGUCUUGAAUGCACUUUUUUAGAAGAAGCUACUUCCUUAUCGUGUCCCCCUAACCUAAUAAAAGCAGAUAAACAUUGCCUUUAACAUUGGUCUGAACUAGGGAAAUAAUUAUAAGGCAGGUCUGAAACAGGGUAUUGAUUUAAGGGUCAGGUCAUAAAUAGGGUAUCAAAUUUUUGGUUAGGUCAUAAAUAGGGUAGGGAAAAUCGCAGAUUUUGGUCAUAAAUAGGGUAAGGGUUUUGGGAAGCGGGCCGCACACCCCUACCCAAUUUUUCUGCGAGUACCCCCCCCGGCACUGCUACGCAGGCUACCGCCGCCAAGAAAGUAGGCCAGGGCACAACAAUCCCACCAGCUACGCAGGCUAUUUAGAAUUUUCUUACCCGCAAAAACUUAGCCUGCUUAGCAAGCGUUUCCGUGCGGUUUAGGAGCAAAGAACGAGGAACGAGAGUCAAAGACCGCGCGAAAAAUGGCGUUAAGUGAAAGAGCGGGAGGCUCUUGUUUCAUUUCUCGCGCGGCUAAAACCCGAGAAUCCCGUUCCUCGGUCUUUCUUUGCUACGAAACCAAACGGAAACGCUUGCUACGCAGGCUAGCAAAAACUGAACAAGUGCGACCCUAUUCUAGUAAAUCUAUUGAAAAUGCAACCCCAUUAGUCAAUCACAGUCAAUCCUAGGAAGUUCCCUGCUCCCCGGCCUUUGUUCGUCUUUGUACCCUGUGGCACCCCCUGGAGGUAUUCCAUGUCUCGUGACUGCUCGAAGGUUCAAAUGUCACGCAGUUGACAAGGUGUGCAGUGGAGCGAUUUGCAUAUUUGCUCAAGAAGUUUGCGCUUCUGCUUGGAGAAGUUGACCUCGGCUGUCCAUUGGCAGGGUCAUAUCUCGGACAUUAUUCUGCUGCAGGAUCUAAGGCGGAUUUUUUUUCAUCUCCGAACAGACUACAAUCUCAUGAAUGGUGGUGUACGGGUCCGUUCACCACAUAGCGCGCAGGUUCUUUUGGUUUGUUCAAAGCGUGAGUUGUUGGGGAAUGAUUCUUUUAUAUGAACAGCUGUUGUAGUCCGAGAGAGAAUUGGAGAGUCCAUGUGUAUGGUUCACUGCAGAAUUACAUCUCGUUUGGGGUCAUUACUGUACUUUACGGUUCAAUUGUUGCAGUGGAUUUGUACAGGGCUUGAUUAAUGCCGGUUUACCUGAAAUUAUAAGCCGAUCGAAGUAUAAUGAGGUUCCUUUCAUCCAAACGUUUUCUAUUAUUGUUCUUGAUUAUUCUCGAGAUAAUAUUUAUUGUUAGAGGUACUUUGAACACUAGAACAGUGAAGAAUUGGACCGCUCUAGUGGAGAAUUAUCUGCUGAAGCUUGCUGAAGAUGGCUUGAAAACGCACGAACUGCAAGAGUUAUACGAUGGUGCGAAUUACACUGUCGAAGAGAAGAAUGGAUCUGAUACCCUCAAUUCUGUGAAAUCGCGGCUUGGUGAUUAUUUCGUGAAAAAGGAGACUACAGCCAGGGUAGGUUUGUGCCUGUCAUGACACGGGAAACGUUACGUUCCUAAACUGUAAUAAAAUUUAAGCUUAUCUGCUUCCAGAAAAAAAAGAAAGAAACUAUUGAUUUCGAUUCCUUACCGAAAACAUUUCAGUCGGAAAAAUUUUUAUUUUAUUUUGACUGUAAACGAUUAAGGGUCAUAGUGGUUGUUGACAGCUGGAUCAUUCUUUUUUGGUUUCUUUGUCUCAUAUAUUUUGAAAGAAAAGUGUUCUUUAUUUCUGCAGGGUGUUCUACAGUAAAUUAAAUUUCUUGUACCAAUAUAAUCAUGAUGGGCAGAGUUCUCUAGGCAGGUGUUUGCUUUCAACUCAUGUUAGCACCAACCUGAACAUUUCUGCUCUCUCCCCUGAGAAUAAAUAUGGAUAAGCAGCUGAACACACUGACUGCAUGUGCCUUGUGACUGAACAGGGAAGGAGUUUAUGGGAGGGUGGUGGUAUGAAAGCAGUGGUAGACUGAAGGGGAGGGGUGGGGGAGAGAGCAGAUUCCCUCAAAAUAAAUCCAUCAGUGCCAAGGAUUUUCUUUGUAGAUGCUUAACUUAAUUCAGUGGAAUGAAAAGAGUGUGCGAUAAUGCCAAAAACCUGCUUCGUGUGCUCUGAUUAUGGAUAAUCUUUUUAAUAAUUAAUGAAGUUGAGCACGGCAACAGCAUGGUGUUUGAAACCAACUUAUAUUUUAGUAAUUCUAAUUUAUUAGUUUCUUAUUCUUAGUCAGCAGUACCUUGUUGAUAACAGUACUUUGUACUGAAGGGUCAUCGUGGGUAGGUUAUUCAAUUAUUAUUAUAAUAUUAUUAUUGUACUAUUGCUGGCAAAUAAAGGUUACUGUGCUACGCAGCAAUAGCACCACUUUGAUUCAAGCGUCAUGCCAAAUUCAAGUUAUGUAACUUCAUCAUUUGAAUAGGUCGAGCAUGAUCGUCCGGGUGAAUGUAGUCCUGAAUAGGACUGUUGUUGACAGUGACCGAUGUUUCGACAAUCUGUCAGUAUUCAUCUUCCGAGUCAAAGUGGGUUGUAUCACGUCAGUCUAUGGUACUAAACUCUGGUUAUUGACCUGAUUGGUCAAUUAAGUUGCAAUUUUAUUGCUUGUCUGUCUGUUAAGCAUUGAAUGGGUAUGAAGACUCAAAAUGUGACUGGUGUGUUUUGAUCUGUCAAUUGUCAGAGUUAAACAGUCGUUUAGUGUCAGCCAAAUUGUCAGUUGUCCAGUCAUUCUCUCGUAGUUGGUUUAGCAUGAGUUUGUCAAUUAAGUCGCUUGUAGGGUGCCAGUAACUGUUGUCUCAAUUCAGUGGUGUUUGUUCAUUCUAAGUUUGUAAACCAACUUUCUAAAGUGAGUCGUUGAUAGUAGUAUGUAGAAUACGUAAUACAUAUCACAGAGUCCCAGUCAAUUUGAUGUUUUGUCUGUAAAUGGUGUUCAGCAAUGUGAUUGUUGACAUCAACAUUUCUUGUUGCUUGUUUUGUGUUCAUGCAGUCACAUCGUGUGACUGAAUGAACACAAACAAGCAACAAGAAAUGUUGAUAUCAACAAUCGCAUUAAGUGGUUAUAGACGAAGCAUCAAAUCAACUGGGACUGUGUGACAUGUAUUACGUAUUCUGCAGAGCCAGUAAAAUUUAAAUCCAACUCUAAGUAUCUCUGUCUUAGUGUGGUGUCUGUUAUCUGGAAAACAAAUUAACUGAUAUACCAAUGUCAAAUUGGUUUCAAAUACGAUCAUAUGAAUAAUAUGAAUUUCUUUCCAAGUUUCCAUGAUUGACUUAAUUUGGAAGAAUAGGGUUAUGGAUUAUGUGAUCAAUAUUAUAACUUAUGAGCAAUUUAUUAUUACAAAGAGUCAUACAUCAGCAAUUUUAAAUGCAUGCCAUAAGCACAAGAAGAUUGAUGAAAAAGAUGUCUGACAGAGUUUAUAAUUUAAGUUUGAAAUUUUGAGCUGCUUGAAAAUUAUUGGUGAGCCUUGCUUUCACAUGUAAUGACUUAUGCCAUUUGUUUGUUUGUUUGUUGUUGUUUUUUUUAUGAAAAAAAAUUCCAGAAAGUUGCAGAGGAAGUUGCCAGGCUUCACGAUGAAUUUUAUACCAACAAAACCCUUCAAGAAAUGGCAAAGGUUUCCACCCUUUAUAAACUAGACUCAAAAUACUACUCAGACUCGGACUUGGUGGAUACUCUUCCUUCAGACAUGGAGUUCAAUAGGUAAGUGUAGAUGCUGUGGUUCAAUUUUAACCUUGGUUUAAGGUCUCGGUAAAGGAAAACGAGGUGCCCACAGAAAAAAAUUCUAGUUGCGCGAGUAUUUUCGCUACAAAGGCAAGUUAUAUAUCAAAUUAAAGCUAAAAGACUAAAUUACCUUAUAAAAGAUUUUAUUUCAUCGAAUUUCAAAAGGCGCUUAAGUUUUUUGCUCUCGAACUCAGAGGUAUCAAGUUUACUGCUGAAGCGCCAGCCCUUUCGCGUUGUUAAAUAUUCACUUCCUUUUUAUUGCAUCUGAUUGACAGAUAAAAGACCUAAAAAAGGGUGUGAGGAAUUUUGCAUAUGUUUCGUAUUAGCGGAAUUAUUGUAUUUCAAACUAAAAAGUCGAAUCUAGAGCGCGAUUUACGCAAAGAAACUGACAUAAAAUGAGUUACAAAGGGAAAUCGGAAAAUUCCUCACACCCUUUUUGAGUCUAUAUCAUUAUCCAUCAUAUCUGAAAGUUUCAAAGCGAUAGCUUAAAACCUGUCCCGACUGGAGGUCAGAGAAUUUUGAUUUUUGCGCCUAAAAUAGAGUGAGAGAAAAUCAGCUCUAAAGAUUUAGCGCGAGGUCCACGCUUGGCUGGUUAGCUCAGAAAAGGCUCAUUUUAGAAGGGUUAAAAAGCACUUUCUGGUUUUCUUUUUCUGCCAAAAUAAAAUUUAGGACCCACUCAUGCCAAAAAUAAAAAAAAAACAAAAUCGAGCAAUGUUCUAAAAUUUUCAUUUACCGAGACCUUAAAUUUUAUUUUCCUUUGUUUUGUGGACAUGGUAAUGUACGAUAAUGCGUUUGAAUCAAAGGAAAAUAAAAUUUUUAAACCAAGGAUAAUGUAGUGUAUACGAUGCUAAUGCAAGCGCGUAGAAGCGAGAGAAUGAAUGUGAUGUAAUACACACGGGAAUUACGUAAUUUGCAUGUACUAUAGAUAGCGUGCGUUGUAAUUUAUUCGAGUCGGUUAGCAUUCUGAGUUCGGAGUGUAACGGUCGUGAAUAAAGUGUGUUUUAACCUAACCGCAGUACUACAUUGGCGACGAGGAUAUUUCGAGGAUAUUUCAAGGAGAUUUCAAGGGUUUCAAGAGUUUCGUUGAAAAUUUCGCUGUGGAUUUCGUCGAGGAUUUCGUCAAGGAUUUAUUUCAGCGAUGCCGGGAGGCGGUGGAUCGGGCGAAACUAACGCGACAAGCGGUACUACGAGCGGUGCUGUUGGCGGUUCUGGGAUGACUUCUGUUACUUUAGAUGUCAGUGGAUUGGAACCAUUUAAUCCAAAAGGAGAGGCGCACAAUUUAAGUCAGCGAUGGAAGAAGUGGAAGCGAGCGUUCAGUUUGUAUGUGACCGGGAAAGGUGUGUCGAAUGACGCUCAAAAACGUGCUUUGCUGUUGCUUGUCGCUGGUAUGGAUGUGCAAGAAAUUUAUUUCACAAUAGCUGGUGAGGGUGGAGAUGCAAGUUUUGAAGCAACGUUAAAGGUGUUGGACGACCAUUUCGUGCCAAAGGCGAACAUUCCCUUUGAGAGACAUUUGUUUCGACAAAUUUCGCAAGGAAUCGGAGAGACAGUUGAUCAGUUCCUUUGUAGUGUACUCCACUUCAGUCAAGACAAAAAGUGCCCGGCGCGUGGUCAAACUUGCAGGAAGUGCGGCGAAACAGUUCGUUUGUAGAUUGCGUCAGCGAGCAGUGACUUGUGAUUUUGGCGCCGGCGAGGAUGACUACAUUCGCGAUCAGCUCAUAGACAAGUGUUAUUCGAGCCAUUUACGCCGGAAAUUUCUGGAAAAGGAAGGAACUGUUACGUUAGAUGAAUUGUUGCGUGUUGCAAGAUCCCAAGAAGCGGUUGAUCGACAACUGAAGCAGUACAGUACCGACCAAGCAGAUAACCAGGUCAAUGCAGUGGGUGGCAGGCUGUAUGGAAACAAAAAAUCCCAGGAAAGCAAAGACGUGCUUUUAGCUGCGGACAAGAAGGACACUUCAGUCAAGACAAAAAGUGCCCGGCGCGUGGUCAAACUUGCAGGAAGUGCGGCGAAACAGGCCAUUUCAAAGUUAAAUGCCCUCGACUCCAUCAGCUAAGCAGGACCCAUUCGGGAUCUAGAGGGCCUGAGAGUAGCAGAGGCGGACGCGGCAGAGGAGGCAGGAGUGCUGGUGGACUGGGUCGAGGUGGACGUGGACGCGGAGGGCGAGAGACGAACCUCGUGACUGGAAGACCUAGCCCUGGAGAAGAAGACAAAGGAGACUUCGCUACACCAGGUCGUUCACAAAGACCCGAUUAUGCCUUUUCAGUGGAACAGGUGAAUGAUCGCAAGGAACAAAGGAGCGCUUUGGUAACGCUGCUCAUUGGUGGUGUAGACGUACCCGAUGUUCUCAUUGAUUCGGGAGCUUCAUGUAAUGUUAUGGGCCAGCAGACCUGGGAGUUGUUAAAGCAGAAGGGGAUUAACUGUGAAUCUCGCAAAUCUGCAAAGGAACUUUUUGCUUAUGGUGGUACAGAACCUUUACCGGCCCUAGGAACGUUCACGGCAGAUGUCACGCUGGCUGGGUUUGAAAACGGAAGUAAUGCUGAUUUUGUGGUGGUUGAAGGCGAUGGUCGCACGCUGUUGGGCCGAGAGACUGCCGAGGCGCUAAACCUGUUGCGUAUUGGUCCUUUUCAGACAAACAGUGUUGACGGUGGGCGAUCGGACGGGGAUGUCAGAGAGAAAUACAAGCACUUGUUUAGUGGUGUUGGUCUUUUGAGGGGCUACGAGCUUAAGCUACACAUUGAUGAGUCGGUGAAGCCUGUAGCGCAGCAUGUACGUAGGAUACCGUUCGGGUUACGCGAGAAGGUGGAUGCAAAGCUGGAUGAACUUUUGGAGCUUGACAUUAUAGAGGAAGUGCCGGAGGGGCCGUCAGGAUGGAUUUCGCCGUUGGUGGUGGUUCCCAAAAGCGAUGGCGACGUAAGAGUUCGGAGUGUAACGGUCGUGAAUAAAUUGUGUUUUAACCUAACCGCGGUACUACAGAUAAAAUUGUUUUUCAGCAGGUAUAAACUUUUUUGAAUAAUCCCCUUCCCUCCACCCCACAUAAAUUUACCGUCAUGUUUGUAAAUGUAUGCAAGCAUAAAUUUACAUGCACUAAUGUGACACGGAAAAACAAAAAAAAGAAACGGAGGGCAUUUUACACCUCAUGCACUUAGUUGUGCAUGAGUAAUUAGCUAUCUUAUUGAAAUAUUGAAGGGAAGAAAGGGUAAAAUGUGGAGUCCUUUUAUUGGAUCACAGCAGGUGAAAUGUACAGAGAAGAAACAAGCUGAAUAAUAUUAUUUGACUUGGUACAUGUACAUACACAUGUACAGGGUUCGUACAGACUCUUGAAUUCUUGAAAAAGUCUUGAAAAUUACAAAGCAAUUUCUCAGCCCUUGAAAAAGCCUGGAAAAAUGGGGAAAAGUGUGAAGUUUUUAUCUUCAAAUUAACUGCAUUAAGUGCUUAGCAAGUGAAUUAUUUUUCCUGCGGUCAAUCUUGCCUAUAACCAAGACAUUCAGUCACAGAAUGAUCAUGAGAAGUCUCAGAACUCUCUUAUGUCCGCAUUACUCCAUGGUUACUGCAAGUUUGCAAUGCAUCAUGUGAAAAGCAUCUUUGUUGAUCUCCUAUUUGAUGACCUUGCAGAGUCUGGAAAAAGAAAUUUCUGUUUUCUUUUUUUUUAAAUCUGGAAAAGGUCUCAAAUCUGUAUAUACCCUGAUGUACUAAGAGCAGCUAUAAGGGAGCAGUUAUAUCUCACCCGAAGGAACUGUACUAUCUGCCUAUUGUACACUCAGAGUGGUUAAGUCCUCUCUGGAGAUUUUCUCACCACGAAUGGUUGCUACAUGAUAAAAUGUGAGCAAGGGUGGCGUAGUGGUGAGAGUACUUGCCUCCCACCAAUCUGGCCUGGCCCCUUCAAAUUCCAGCAUGGACUUGUGCGCUGAAUUUGUUAGUUCUCUCCUUUGCUCUAAAAGGUUUUUCUCCAGGUCCUUUGGUUUUCUCCUCUCUUCAAAAACCAACAUUUUCAAAUUUGAAUUAGACCAGGUAUCAGGUAGAUGAAGAACCACUAAGUGGAUGUGAUACCUCUAAAUCAUUAUUUAUUUAUUUAUUUUAUUUAUUAUGUGAAUGUGAUGUUUUGGAGUAAAAGUAGUAGAAGCAGACCUUCUUAUCAACUCUCUUGACAACAGAUCAUAAAUUCAUUUUAUCAUAUUUACUAUUAAAGCAUGCUAUUCUGACUUCACAGAUUGUUCAAACAAAAAGUCAGCAAACAGAGAAGUUCUGUAAAGAUAUCAGAUCAAGUUGACCGAAGCAAUCACAAACUGAUAGAAGCUGUGUUCUGGUCUUCACUGCUGGAUAAUGUUUUCAAGGAGAAUUUAAAGAAUGAUCCAGAACUAAGGUCUUUUAUAUUUUCCUUGUUUAAGGAUAGAAAAAUGUGACCAACACUGAUUGAAUAAUUAUUUGAAAUAUACAAAAUGAAUCAUAUUUUGAACUGCGGAAAAAGAUAUAAAUGAAAGUAAACAUGAUCUUUGCAGAAGAAUGAACAACCUAAGCAGUUUAAAAAGAACCUGAAAAAAUUCAGGCUUUCCCGGUCAAGGCAGAAUUUUUUCAGGUUCUUUUUCAAACACGUAGGCAGCUCAUUCUACUGCAAAGAUCAUGUUUUAAAUUUUCAUAGCGUGUUGGUAAUCUUAUUUUGGAAACUGGUCUUUUGGAUACAAAGUCUUUUCAAUACAAGUUUUUUCGAUACAAACCCAAGGAGUGAAAUUGCACAGAAAUUUCGUUCACUUCAAGUGUAGUUUGUGCAUGAACAAGAAAAACAUUUUGGGUGAUUAUUCCUGGUUCUUCAAGCCAAGGACUUGAAAGUAUGUACAGUUCGAGUGCAGUAAUGACUUUGUAUCGAAAAGACUGGUAACCCUUAUUUUCAUCUUAGCUUCCUCAUUUUGCUGAUUGGUAUCCAUUAAGCAGGAAAGUGCUCAAUAGAAUGAGUUUCUAACCAUAUCAAUUAAUAAGUGACACUCUUUUUGGUUUAGGUGGCAAAAUUUUGGUUCAAUCGAGGGUUUCAUCAGAACAUACCCAACACGAGAAUGGUCCUUGAACUUUGCUGGCUUCCAUAUUGAUUAUGACCCCCGACUGAGACCCUGGUAUAUUGGUGCCACUUCAGGCCCUAAGGACAUUGUAAUCAUCCUUGACUGCAGCCAAUCAAUGAAAGGGAAACGAUUUCAUAUGGCCAAACAAGUGGCCAAGACGGUGCUGAAUACACUUACUAAACAAGAUUAUGUAAAUGUCAUUUGUGGUCGUGAAAGCCAUUGGGAUGAAGUUGGAAAGUAAGUAGCCCUUUGCUAAUUUUCUUAAUAAUUGUGGGGAGUGAACAUUUUGGAAAGACAUGUUAUUUACCAAACGCAAGGUCAAGAUGGCUGGAUAUUGGCCUAGUUAUUAUUAUUUUUUUCUUUUUGCAUUUGUCAUGAUUUUCAUGGACCAAAACAAAGUUGUUCGAAAAGGAUUGAAAAUGUGAAAUUUCCUUUUUUAACAAUCCUGUUGUACAAAUCCCAAGAGUAGAUGGAACUUGCGUGAUCUUUUUCCUGUGCCUCCUUGUAGACGAAUUUUAUUCUCGUAAUUUUCUUGUGUAUGAAUUUUUUGUUUUUGUUUUUGCACCCCCCCCCUCUAAAAUUAAAUGGCCUGUCCCUAAAAAAAAGGGCCAAUUUCCAGCCAUUUUGACAGAACAAGCUUGUCGACUAUUCAUAUAGCCAAAACUAAUGUCUUCUUAUGUGACUAAAGCAGGAAAUUCUGAGGUUGUCACAAGUGUUGACAAAUGAUGAAGUAAAACUUACCUUUAACUAUCAAUAUAGUUAAAUCCUGCCUCUCGCAUAGGAGUGAGAAGGACAAAAACAUUUUAGCGCAAACAAGGCCGUGCUGUUGCUGUGCCUCUGGUGAUCUUUGCCUUUUGAUGACAAGGACAUCUUGACAUUUGCGCAAAACUCAAAUGCUGGGCACUUGGGUUUCCUAGCCGUGAGUAGAGCUAUAAGCAAAACUCACCUCCCUAACUGUUGCUUUGUCCUUUUUUUUCCCAAAAUAGGUGGUUUGAAUACAACACUGAGGUACUAAGUUGUCAGAAAAACCGACUUGUGCCAGCCUCCACAUCGCAUAGGAAAGACUUGAUAGAGAAGAUAGAUAAUCUGAAGGCUGGAGGAACAAGCGAACUCAAGUAAGAUUUCAUGGGUUAGCUUUUUGGUGAUGUGAAUAAGAAGGGGGGCGAAGUAACCCGGACGACGGCGGCGGCAGUGAAAACAUCGCUAAAAAAAUGAAUUUACUUCCUUUGAAACUUGAUCGCGUCUAUUUGGACUCGCCCAAUUUGUCAAAUGUAGGCUAUUUCUCCUGGAGUUGAAUUCUUAAGGAAUUUAUCCUUGUUCAAAAGAGAAAGAAAAAUUCGUCGUCGUUUGUUCACGUCCUCCGUAAAUCGUCGCAUCAGGAAGUUUCACGUCAAAGAAAUUUACUAAAAAGCUUGAUGCACGUACAGAGUUCUUGUUUUGCUCAUAGGAGUAAUUGUUUUUUGAUGUUAUCAUUGUCGUCGUCGUGUUUGCGUAAGCUCCCUAAUAUUGGUAAAGUGUUGUCCUUGCGGUGUUGUGCAUUCGUAUAUGCUUAUCCUUUCAGCACAUGAUUACUCACUCAGCACCUGACGAAUUUUCGACCGGCAGAAAAAUUUGACCGGCCACUUCUUUCACACGGAACCGUUCAAUAUUUUUGCUCGGUUCACACGAACUUUGAACGGCUAGACGUCUAAAUUUCGUACAAUUAAGUUGGUUCCGUGUGAAAAUUCGUCCGUAGCCAUGUGAACGUGGCCUUAGUCAGCGAGGAAUUUCUCGUCCUGUUUAUUAACUCGUCUCAGCCUUGCUCGUUUUUGUGGUUUUACAGGAAAGCUUUUAAGCUAUCUUUCGAGUUGCUCCAAGGAAAUGCCAGAACUGGCUGUCAAAGCAUCAUUGUGUUUGUAACCGAUGGAGUGGAUAAUGAUGGGGACCCUGUGCGUUGUGGCCCAGGAUACUACACCAGGAGCGGUUAUGUGCCGGGACAGAUCUGUAAAUAUGAUUGGAAUGAUGUGUGGGAUGAGGUUCAAGCAAGGAACAGAUACAUGAGUCCUAAGGUACAAUAUGACUAGGCUAUUUCACAUGCAGCAUUUUUCCUAUAAGAAAACCGUUUUGCACAAAACUGUAAAGUACAGUAAUUCAUGGGACAGUAGGUGCGGUUACACUCGAACAUUUCCCCAAAGCUCCCCUUAUGGAAAAAGCUUGGGUUGGGUUCGCCCUGGGUUUUGCCAUGGGCAACAGCCACAAUUGCCCAUGGGUAAAGAGGCUAUUGUAACCUCGCCUAAGUGUCCAACAUAAAUUGGCGCAUGCCCGACGAAAUCUUAACUGUGUUCAGACAAUGUCCGAACAAUGUUAGCGCCAGAUACUGUCAUUUUGCAGACGAAUAAAAUCUACCUUGACCGAAGGUGAAUUAUCUUCCCAGUGAAAUUACAUUGUUGCAGUGAAUAUAUGUCAGAAUUAAUGCACCUGCCGUAAACAAUUUUUGUUAAAGGCGCAUAAUGCGUCGUUCAUUGAGUCCGCGGGAUCACAUUUCCCUUUUGUCUAACCAAAUUGGUGAAUUAGCCGGCAUUUCAAUGAUUACGCCGUAGGAUUUACUUCAUCGGCUUAUAGUUGACUUUCCUUUUUUCUCCUCGAAGACCCGAAUUUUUUCGUACCUAACAUCGGACAACGAGGGCGAAGGAGAAGAAUUUCCCGGCAAGCUGGCUUGUGACAAUGAAGGUUACAUGAAGAGGCUGACAGAUGAAGAGGACAUCAUUUCUCAGAUGCAGGAUUACUACAGCUUUCUAGCGUCCAAUACAAUCAGUAUUAGCAACGUCACGUGGACAUCGCCAUAUUUGGACGCGUCAGGCCUGGGUCUCAUGGUUACGGUAGCCAUGCCUGUCAUUAGCAAAGUCACGAACAAGUAAGUAGGCUUGUGAGUCAUGCUAUUUGUUUUUUCCAAAUUACUCGAAAUGUUUUUCUGUCUCUCUGUAGGAAAUCUGUAGAUUUAUAGUGUUUUCUCGAACAAGCGCCAGAGCGGUUAUUAGUGAGCUCACGCAGCAGGACGUCGGAAAAUGUUUGCAAACAUAAUUGUUUUCGCUUAAGGUUUGCCGUCUUUUUUCCCCUUCCGUCCUGUUGCGAAAUUUCACUAUUAACAAAAGAGGCAGAAAGAGGAGAUGCGGUACGAUAAAGGGAGAGGGGGAGGGGUGGGGUUCGAUAAAGGGAGAAGGGAGGGGUGGGGUCUUAUUAUCGUUGACGAAGUGAAACUUUAUUGUAGCCUGGUCUUCAUACGGAAAAAUUUCCGGUACUUGAAGAUAGAGUUUAUCUGGAAAUGACUUGACGAAAAAGAAACUAUUUUCUUUCACUAGAAUAUGUGCCGUAUGGUCAGAGUUCCAAAAAUAACAGAAGGGAAGACGAAACGGAACUUUUUCUUUCGUUGAGAUGUUGGGCGCUUAUUCGGGGAAGAAGUUAAUUAGAGCGUGCAGAGGUCGUGCAUGGUUAGGAGAGGAGACUGGUUAUGGAAGCGGGCAGAUGUCAAUAAAAUCAGAUAAAAACAACAGUGAUGCAGUUUGUGUUGGGAACUCCAUGGCGGUGCACAGUCCUUUGUUUUUGUUGUUGUUUUUCUUUUUCACAGGUCGUGACUGAUUAAAUUAAUGUGACAUUUUAUAGGUGGAAGAGUUCAAAAUGAAGGAAUUCUAUUGAACGUUGUGCACCGUGAAGUGAAAAAAAGCUAACAAAAACAUACAACAAAGAGAUCUGAUAGGCUUCAUAACUAUUCCACUUUAUUGAACAUGGAUCGUGGACACUUAUUAAAUGAAAAAUGGUAUCUGUAUUUUGUUCUCUCCGUAGGACAAUAGGCGUUGUUGGAAUUGAUGCUACUCUAGAAGAGAUUGAGAACAUCUUGUUGAACGAUCGCUGGGGCUCAGUGUACGCUUUUCUGGUAAACGAAGGAGGAGAGACGAUCUUUCACCCUCUUUUACGACCAAGUACCGAGGCAAGUUUAAUGAAUAGUGAUUAUCAGGUUGAUUUACAAAGACAACAAGCUUAGUCGCGAGUUUUCUCAGCUUUAGGUAUACGCGCUGAUGCCCCGGUCACGCCGUCAUGUUAGCUUUUCAGGAAGUAUCCACAACGAGACGGAGUACGUAACAUGUACGCUCGCUGCGCGGAAACUGGGGCAAUGACACUAGUCCCGUCCAAGUUUCCUCACGGCUCGCUUUGCUGGCCUCGCACUCUUAUGAGCUCAAAUAGAGAGCUAGCAGUCAAGUAUACACAUUGUCGUUGUAUACGCUUUCUUUGUCAAGGCUAUUGUUACGGGGAUAAUGGUUUUCUUUCUGCAAUUGGUGUAACUUUUGAGAGUGAAAUUCUCUGAGGUUAGUUACUAAGCGACUGCGGUGCUAAGCAGGUGUAGAGCAAGAAGCACGUAAAUUUGGUUUUGAUUUGAUUGGGGUAAUUUGGCCAACUACAAGGAUUCGAGGGCUGAUGUUUCGAGUGCCAGCUCUUCGAGACAGCACCGGGUGAAAGUCACAUGAUCUUGCAAAGACGUCGUUAGGCCCUAGGAACUAUCUAAGAUAUAACUUAAUUUUUGCGGCAGGGAGCAGAUUGGUCACUCUUUCUCUCUCUCUCUCUUUUAUGAAAAGUCCAAAAUACAGUAGGCAGGGCCUUGUCAGCGUAUUUGGAAGGUUGAGUUAGCUGAAGCUCGAGCUUUCAUGAGAAUUCCAGGCUUGAACUGUAUCUCGAAAGUUAUCUGGGUAUGGCGAAGCAAUGCGUAAUCUUUCUCUCAGGUCGUUCAGAUGAUACUCGUCGGAUCCUCCAGUGUAGCAGAGUGCUUGCUGACUGGCUGAUGAUAUACUUGGGUGCUGACUGAAAUUGUAAAAGAGAGAACUGUUAGUUGCGGAAGAGCGGCCCUUUUUCCUGUCUCGCGGUUGAAGGGAAUUUCAGCGCUUUUGGUUCUCUUACUUGCUCCUGCACCCGGUUCUCGCGCUUCGCCCUCAUUUUGAGCUCUCCACCUUCGGCUUUCGUAGCUCGUUUUGUAGGCAAGUGUUAGUCUAUUACUCACAAGGAUCAUUAGCAUAUUAAGUAACUUGUUUCUCUUACUUCUUUACUUACCUCGGCUUUCGAUCGGCUCGAAGCUAGACCAUGGGAAUGGAUUGGGGUUUUAUUGGCUAUUGCGUGGUUGGGCAGGAAACUAGGUCAAAGAUCCCGUAUGCACAGCCCAGUCCAUAGUGCAAUUCAACACUACACCGACCCUGUCUCAUACCCAGGCCUCUCUCUCUCUCGAUGAAAACUUGCGCGUGAAGGAAGGCGGGAAGGAGAAAACGAAUUAGAGGUGUCUCGCCUCCCCACGAUCCCUUGCGUUUCGUCACCAGUCACUCGCAUUUCGCGCUCGCCUCUGUGCGAAAAACGAAGCGCCCACAGGGAAGGCAGACAUCGCUGAUCAGUCUCCGGCUAGUGCACCUCAUAAUGACCAAUUCUCUAUAAAUAUGAUCACUUGGUCAAAGUCAAUAGAAAAUGUUCGUACUCAUUUUCUCUCACCUGUGGUUUAUUAAGGACUUCACUUGGUCUAUCCUUUCUUUGCAUCUGCACGUAAGCAUCAACUUAAGCACUCUACGGUAUUGCUUUCGUGUUAAAACGUACAUAAAUGGAUCAGCGAUUAGGUUUAACAGCAAAAGGAAACACACAAGAAGAUCUUGAAAGCCGUUUCGCCAGUUGUAGAAGGCGUUGCCGAUUAGACGAACCUAGCAAGGAACAGCUUCAACAUUAAGCCUUAAGCAGAAUAAAACGAAACGACAAAGACGGUAUCUUUGCAAUGCAUCGGGGGUUUGCGUCUCUUUAUCGUUUCCACUUAGGUGAACUGUACUCUGCUAAGCCGCAAUUUUGUCCUUGGUUUAAAUUUUAUUGUGCUUUGUUUUAGGGUAUGGUGAUGUAUGUUAAUGAGUUUAAAAGAAAGGUAAAUAAAAUUUAAACCAAGGAUAAAAUUGAACCACAACAUUUAUGCUGCAUUCAUUAAUAAGGAAGUCUGUUUGGUAACCGUGAUCUUUUUUCAGCGUUACGCUGAUUGAAAUACGGGAGACGGGUGUUGAAGUAACGAAAUGUCAAAAUUAAAAGUAUUUCCUUCUAGAAGAACUUGAAAAUAAAACGAUGAUCUGUAAAGCAAAAACUAAAAUCACUCUGAUCUCCAAUCAUUAUUCCCUUCCUUGGAGUAGAGACCCAAAGCUUGUACCCAUUCUCCAUGGAGUUUCUGAAGCGCUCGACUCGUAUAUUUGCAUAGAUGCCUUUUUGCGGCAAGGGAAAAAUUUGGGUAGGAGGGUGUGAUGUACGAGAUGGAUUAAGACUUCUUAAGACUAAAUUUCCAAGUUAAUCGCUCCGCAAAGUGUCCUAGCACAUUUCGCGAUAAUUAUGACAACUGAGAAGUUUUAGCUGCAAUGUUUUGUCUUUAUAUAUAUUCCUCCUGGGGUAUCUCGAUAUCAUUUGAGACUCUUUUUUUGGCGAAAGGUAAUUCUAACCCACCCUCGUUCUUGGAAAGGAGAGAGAAAAGAAAAAAAUGUGAAUAAAGUGGUCGUCGGAAUACAGUGCCAAGGCCGUAGAACACUGAAGAAACUUAAAAAGGCUUUGGUUAUUUGACACUCUGACUCAAAUGUUCUACUCUGAAAGUGAUGUUUAUUUGUUGACUUAGCUGAAAGCUACGCGGUCUUUUUUCCCUCUUACGGAUCACUUUAUCCUUAGUUUGCAAAUGCAUCCCUUUUGACUCCCCGAUCUGUGAAUCGAGUAUAAGGAAAAAUGUUUCUUUUUCUUUUCUAGCAAGCUAUGUACCGGUUAAGCCAUACGUUGCGUUCUAUGCCUCGUUUCAUGGCGCUAGUGAUAAAGUGUAGGAUGCCGGAUAAUAAAGUAUUAAUGCUUUGCCGGACAAUGACGUAUAAAUGCCUCAACCACUGAGUAUUAACUUCCAUUCGUGUUCGUGUCAUGAUGACAGUCGGACAAAUUUGCGGCUUUGUUGCAUAGGGAGCAGUCCCCAUUUGUUAAAAAGGUGGAUAGCGCUCUCCACCAUAUAAAUCUUUAUCCAGUGGGUAGUGCAAUUGGUUUCCCUAAUACGUAUCCACUGGAUACAGAUUUAUCCGAUGGAUAGCUCUAUCCAGCUUUUAAACAACUGGGGCCAGGUUGCUUGGUUCCCUUGCAACAAAACUGCAUUGGCUAUAAAAAGUGAUGAAUCAUGACUGAUCUCUAGUACUCAUUUCUUACCGUAAAAGGUAUCCAUCCCAAGAGAUAUACCACUGAAAUGAGCACCAUCGUUCUUGAAAAUUGUUUUUCCGUGUCUUCAACGCGCUCUGAACCCUUAGCCGGAUACAUAGCACGUCUAUUAACUCCGGGUACAAUCAUGUUCGUGACAGAAAUUCGUCUUUGUUUGCUCCUAAAAAGUUCCCAGAUAACCGUUAUGUUGCAAAAUAAGACCACAGUGGCAGGUAGUCCUCCAAGAACGGCGUAAAAAACGCAAAACGCGCGGUCGGAAGCGUUCUGAGGAAACCAAUUAACAGUGCAGAAAGUCCCUCGCAAAUUUUGCACGAAGCUUCCAAACGAAAAGAGCGGGAAAAGAGAGACGAUUAAAGAUGCUGAAAUUGUGACACUAAGAAGAAUUUUCGCUUUGUUAACCGUCAUGGUUUUGCGGUGAAAAAACGGUCUUGUUACGGCGAUGUAACGGUCCACAGCCAUGGACAUGGCUAAAAACGCCGAACAAAGCGUUGAGAACAGAAACACGAAACCUUGGAAAUCGCAAAGUCUCUUUCCACCUAUCCAUUGACUGUUUGUGUAACAAAUCCAGGAUGGUAUUGAGAACAGUGUUAUCGAGAUAAGGUCUACGCACGACAAACCCAGUACAAACACAUUCGGGCUGAGAGGCUGUCGCUGUAAUAGUCUGGCUGAGGCCAGAAUUGCGAAAGCGUUUGCCAGUACCCCUAACACUGACAUAAAAUACAAAACGAUAGCGUCUCCACUUAAAUAAAGACCAUCAUGUGUGGAAUUUCCUGACAUAACGUCAAAAUGAGAAACUCAGUAGUUCUUCUUUGGCUUGCCGCUUUUUACAUUGCCGCAAAACAUAAGUAAGCUUUUAAACUGAAAUUCGCCGUAACUUUUCUCCAGUUAUCGUGUACUGUCGUGCCUAAUAACCCAGAACCUCACCUGCGACUCCCCAACGUUCUGUUUCCUUUUGUAAUCUCUAUUUGCCGUAUAUGGUUGGAUAGUUUUGUAAAUAUAGUACUAUUCAAAUGAAGCGAUCGACUUUGGUGCGGCGUGGGUAUUCAUUUUUUUCUUUUGACUUGCUAACGACGAUCAGUUUGUCACUGCACCCUCGCAAUUAACAUAUGAAUAUACUCCACUUUUCUUGUUGUGUGUUUUCUCCCGGGGCAACUGCGUGAGCGAUCCAUACCAUUUGUUGUUAUCGUUUAAGUGGAAGACUACUCAAAAGUUAAUGGUUAUAUUUAAGUCGACUUUACUCUCUAUUCCAGUCGAGUCACGGGAAGUGUUACUCUUAAAACAGAGAUAUUAGAUGAAGGUUUAGUACAUUGUUUUGAUCGUACACCCGGAAAUGAAAGAUGCCACCAAUGCGCCGUAUCGAUAACUAACAAUAUUAACAUGAAAUGUGAGGAGGAGGAGGAGAGUUUUGAUAAUUUGUUGAUCGUAGGAAUAUUUCAUACUAUGCGGGAAAAUAAUAUAUCUUUAUUCAAUGAACAUAAUAGCAAUAUGGGGAACUAUUUGACUUGCGUAAUUUUCCUCGAACUGUGCCUUCGUGAUAAUUAAUUUGUAUUCAGAGAUUAUCAACCUGAUGUUGAAUAACAGACCGCAUGUCUGAUGAAUAGUAGAAAGCGUAAUUAGUACCUUUAAAUUGUUUUAUUGAAAAGUCUGCUUCGAGUAAAAGCGUCAAGAAGGAUUUCCAUUUUUUCAUCAAGGUGCGACUUCAUCUUACUUGCCCAAAUUAUAUUUCUAUUUAAUCCCAGCUGCCACUUCAAAGCAAACAAGGAAAAUUGUUUACAUAUCAAUGUUCUUUGGACCUAUGGUAUUUCAUCGAAGGUGAUUUGUCCUCUUGUCAAUUCACUCAUUUUUAAACGUAGAAACGUUUACUGAUGCUUAACAGUGUUCAGUGUUAAAGAAACUUGUUUUACUCGAAGAAAAUCCAUGUUUUAAGUCGGUAAUAUUUUAUGAAGGUUAGAAAGCGCUAUCCAGGCGAUAAUGAAUUAACCACUUUGUGGUUAAGACUUGUCAAAAUUUGUUCGGCUUACAAGUGAAGCGAUAAAUUGUUGCUUUUGGUGUAUAUUUGAAGUUGAAUAGAAUUUUACUGAGAGAAUUGUUUAAUGUGUUAAGUAGCUUUCAUUUAAAAUGGUCUCUGCCUUAGGAUGUCACCCAGAAACAAAAGAUGUUAGGGCAAAUACAACAUAAAAUAUUAAAAUUACCUUGCAAUGGCUUCGAUAUGAAUACGAUUAACACUUUAUGGUUUCACUUACAAACAGCACCAGCCUUCAUAGGGAAAAACUUUGCAACUGGAGAGCACUUAAGCGUUCGCUCUUGUAGUCAUAAAUUAUAGUACCCAUCUGCAUGCUUUAAAAUGAGAAUCACCUAUACCCAAGUCAUUAUCAACCAUUUAUGUUGAAAUGAUGUCCUUCUAUAGUCAAGACACCAACAUAGGAAAAAUGAAAAUUAUUAAAAGGAUGGUAGAGAGUGAAAUAAUUUUUGCAUAGUUUUUUCUGUGAAAAUUUCGUGAUGUCACUUUUGCAUUUUUUGGCUUUUCUGACAACGGACAAAAAGGAAAAAAUUAAUUGCACUUUUUUAUGUUUGAGAACCACAGCGUUUUUGUCCGUCGGCUUAAUUUAAUGAACGUCGAAACUGAGCCAUGUUUUUUGAAGGAAGCACUGUCCUGACAUAAAUAUUUUCUUUAUUAUUUGUAUAACUCGCCUGUGGGUAAUAUUGAAAGGAAGCCCGCCACAGUGAUACUCUUACGUGAUGACCGAUAACGAAAACAAUUUAAAGUGGCCAUCGUCUAAAGACUUGAGUGAUAAGAUCAUCUGACUCUUUUUCCUUAGAACAAAGUUAAAGUGCCUUGUGAAUCAGAUCACUCGCAUAACCAGUGCUUGUUACCAAAGUCGUAAAUGCGUAGAAUCUAACGAGCGAUCAGGCGUGGUUUUUAUAUCUAGCGCGGAAGUUUUUUUUUUUGCGGAGGCGGAAGGUUGCGGUGCAAAAAUAGUCAAGAGCGCUCGAUCGUAGCUAGAAUACAUAUGAUCUUGACGCAGGUUAGUCUAAAAUUAGUGCAAGUCAAUAAGUCGAACUCGAUUGAUGCGGAAGACUUUUCCACCCACUCACUCCGUAUGCUCAUGUGCUGAAUAUGUUUAACAACAAUCAACUUUUAUGAAACAGCUGUUAUGGCCGCUUGCUAAUUUUCGUGGCCCCUAAGGAAAGUCGCCGAUUUAUGUUAUACAACAAUCCCUUCCUUCCAUACUUGCGGAAAUGGUGAAAUUUAAGUUUUCUUUGGUCGUGUUUUUCUUGGAGUUAUCAUCUGUAUUUUCGUUUCCUGAUCUAAAAUGCGAUUCCUUCUUGGCUUAACUUCCCACUUUUGGCCGAGCGAGGAACGGGUCUACUCACCGACAAAAGCACUGGAGGCUCUGCCCUAGACCAUCACAGAUAACUACAAUAUAUUUGUUCGGGGUUGUGUUUCUUGUUGACCUCGUUAUUUUGUUCUUUUUUAGCUCGUCGAUGAUCCAAUUUUUAUUCCUAUCAGCACUCUUGAACAGCGCAAUGGCAAACCAGUCGAGUUCAACACAGUGGUCAAAUCCAUGAUGGACAGAAAAACAGGCUCCCUCAGGAUUGAAGAUGCCAUUAGAAGCAUCCCAAAAGGAGAUUUCCAAGAUGGCGUGAUGCUUGUCACCCUGCCCUCCACCUACUAUUACACGUCAAUCAAAGACUCUGAAUAUGUGUUUGCCUUCAACCUCGCAGAUUCCGAUAAGCUAUACCGCAGACCAGCGUCACCACCGCAGGGAUCCACUAUCCCGGUCAACUACUACGCUAACAUUGAGUCGUACAACUCUUCUGAAGUGAAGGAGGUGGGUGCAACGGACGGGUACAAAAGUAGACGAUAGGGUGGGUGCAACGGACGAGUACAAAAGUAGACGAUAGUGUUGAAGUGAUCAUGACGGAUUGUUUCCCGUUCUUUAUUGUAGGUGCUUGGUGACCUGUUCACGGGCCUUCAUGUACAGUACAACCUGCCAAUGUUCCCUGAUAUUUACGUGACUUAUGAAGCUUCCACUGUGAUGCUGAGUCCAAAGACGUACUGUAACCCCAACAGUUUUCUAUUCAGGGAAAACAGCAGUGAUAUUGUCAUUGCUGCACACCGCUUUUUGAACAGAUUAGACAAUAACACUGGCUGCCCUCACGGACAGAUCAGAGCUUCUGUGAGGUAUCAAUAAUUUGUUUUGAUUAGCUUUUCCGAGGGACAGUAUCUGGAAGAGAUCUCUUUACAAUUUGACGAUGUUUUUUGCUGCCAUGUCAUUCACUGUGAACUUUUGUUACCUUAUCCUAAGCUGGCUUGAGCUACGAUCGCAGAACGUGGAAGACUAGAAAGAAGCGCAAAUACGUUCCGGGCUAUGCUAAAUAACAACUUGGUAUCAGGGAGUGGGGAAGAAUCCCUUGUAUUCGAUUUCUUCUCUUUUUUCUUUCUUUCUUUCUUUAUUUCUUUAUUAUUAUUAUUUUUUGUUUUUGAGGCGCUUGAAAGUAUAAAAGUGCUCUCUAGGCAAAAGUGUCAUAACCAUUCUGGAAUUGAUUGUAUCUUCGACACAUAUUGGUUUGUUCGAGCUUCACGUCAUCUGCUUAGUUGCAUGUGCACUCUUUCAGUAGCCUGCUGGCAGACGUCCUCCAAGCCAGAGAUGUAGCAGACGUCUGCACUCAGCCUACGCUUUCAUCCGUCUACCAAAUUGAGGUUUUUCGCCGCCGAGAUAGUUGUGAUAUGCUAAUGUGGAAAGUGAAGGGAGAGAGCCAUAUGGUGUCCAAUAUACUAGUUCCACCUUUCUCAGCCACGAGGGACACUAUUUGUUUCAGUCAAAUUCAUUGUGCAUUCUAUCAGAUUUUGUAAAUGCGGCUGCAUUUUGCUUCAUCUGUUCUUUGCAGACCGGAUGUAGAAAUCACUUCGUUGAUCGAGAAGACGUGGAAGAAUCGCUCGAGUGACAUUUUAAAAGAUGUUCCCUGGACAUAUGUUGGGACGCAAAGUGGUGUUUUCCGCUCGUAUCCAGGCCACCGGUCAAGAAAGUUGUUCGACCCUACCAAGUAAGAGUAUACCACAUAAGGAAAAAGAAAAGUUAUUCUGGUGGCAUAUUUUAAACUCGCUUGAGCUGAGAAUUUUAUGUACUAUACUCGUUAAAUAUACCACAGAAAUGACGUCAAUGUUCAAACCUCAAGUGGAACUCCAGGAUGUUUCUUAGAAAACUGCAUGCGGGGACAGAGAAAAACAAAUUACGCUAUCAUUUCGUCCUUGGCCUUUACUUUCAUAGACCAUAGCUCUCGACCAAUUAGUGCGAGUGAAUUGACUCAGUUAUUGAAAAAAGCAAUAUGGUGUUUUUUAGAUAUUAUUACAGUCAAACCAGGUCAAGCGUUCCCGUCGCUAACAAACUAAUGAAUUCAUGAAUAGAAAAAUGAUUUCGUUUGUUGAUUCAAUAAUCCAUUCAUAAAAUGAAUAAUCCAACGGUCAAAUUGUACCUCGAUUCAAUAAUCAAAUGUUGAUUUGGUUUAUGAACAAAAUCUACCUGUUCUUUAUUCUUGUCUGUUGUGUUCAAUCGUAUUUGCUUCCCUUUUCCUGCCGUUUACGAUUGCGUUUUUCAUUGCCUUUAAUCAAAAUAACAGCUAGAAUAGACAGACCGCAAACGCAAAGAAACUAACAAAGGCCGAGGAUCGAAAUCCACCAAUCACCGCACAUACACUGACCUCAGUUUGACCGUCGUGUUUUCUAACAGGUCAGGCCUAGGUCUAUUGCACUGAUUAUUGGCAGCAAACUGGCGUACAUGUAACAGUUUGUUUGGGUUUGAACUUCAGAACUCGCCAGCAUUCGACUCUCAGAAAAAAAAGAGGAAAAAACAAAAUUCUGAGGUCAACUUGUGGAAAGUGUAAUUUUUCAAAAAACAGUAAUCGAAUCAACAUUCGAUUAUGGAAUCGAGGCUAAAUACGGACUAUUGGAUUGUUCAUUUUAGGAAUGGAUUAUUGAAUCAACAAACGAAAUCAUUUUUCCGUGAAUGAAUUCAUUAGUUCGUUAGCGACGGGAACGCUUGACCUGGUUUGACUGUAAUCGAGUGACUAAUACUAAUACCUCAUUCACACUAACAAAGCGUGUUUAAUUUAAACCAGCUUGAACAACAUGAAAGUCAGAAACCGAAAAACGUAGUUCUACUUACGGUUCAACUAAGGUUCAUUUAGGCCAUCAUGUUGAGCUAAAUUUGUAUAGCCGACUGAAAAAUUGUCGGUGGGAUUUUAAUGAAGCAGAAAACAUGCUUUAGUGUAAACGGAACAUAUCUCAUGCUUGACUCUUUCACCGUCCUCAAUUUAAUUUUUUGUAGAAUCCAUUAUAUCUUCAUGGAGAUCAGAAAUACUUGGCUACAGACUUUUAUUACGAACAGUAAAAAGUACUGUGAAAAAAAAUUAAUGUUUGCUAGUUUUAGUUUUAUCUUGCAACUUUGAAACGAAAAAAUCUGAAAUACAUUUAAUCAAAAACGUAACUUUGAACUUAGAACUGAGAACUUUGAACUAAACUUCUUCAGGCGGCCAUUUGAAAGCAGUUGUAGUUGAUUUACUUUUGUGUUUUAAUCUUUCAGGCGCCCAUGGUACCAUCGUGCCCUUGUGAACCCCUCCAAAACAGCCGUAUCUAAUGCAUAUAUGGAUGCAAAUGGAAUUGGCAAAGUUAUCACCAUAUCAGAAGCAGUUUUCCAGGCUUUACCUAAAAACGCGUCUGACAUCAGUUGCGAUAGCCUGGAAAAUAUUCGAGGAGGCUGCCCCUGCAAAAGGCACGUUUUCAAGAGACCUACGUAAUAUUGGUAGUUUACGUGUUCGUUAAACGAAGGUGUACAAAUGUAUUUGGAGCGAGAAGAAGUCCAGUUGGAAGUUCACGUUAAAAAAAAUUUGUAGAAGAAAACUUCUCCUCUCCAAAAAUUGUCAUUUACAGGAAAGAUGUUGAAAUUUCGGCAAAAUGCUGCUGACGUAAAAAGCGAAUUGCAGGAUUAAGCAGAUAAACAAAAUUGGUCCUUUGAAUUUGGCAGAUAUUCACAACAGAACCACGAGUUCUACGCCCAGAAAAGCGGGGAUGUUUUAAUUUCCUUAUUUUGACUUGUGUGAUACAAUUGUACAAGAAACGCGAGAUUUUUUUAAAAUUGCAGUCGACUUCACGAACAGAAAGAAAAGUUGAAGUUCUCCAUAAAAACUUGAAUAUGAUAACAGAGUGUUGUUUUGCAAUUAAUGCGACAAAAAUGUACAUUGCGCAUUUUCGCUUAUUAAAGCUUUGUGGUGGUUUUAUUGCUUCUCCCGUCAGCGCUGUUGUUCGUUCGAACUUCUUAAUAUUCUCUAUUUCUCUUUUUGAUUUUGUAGCGAUGUUCAGUGUAUUUCCGGCAAAUGUCGAGCAUAUCCUGGUAACCGCUCCUUGUGCGCCGGCGAUCGAGUAGAAGCGGUCACCGCCCUGGAUAUCUUGUACAACGAUUUUCAUCGACGUGUGUACGGACUGCUUAACAGCUCAGGAGAAGAGAGAUCCUGUGGAAUGAACUACACUUGUCCUGACGGUGAACAUUUAUGUCAAACAAGGUACGAAAUGUUGUGUCAAGUACGUUAAAAAAAAUAUUGCUUUUGUUUCCGCGUUUCCUAUCAUCUCUUCUUGCGAGAUGCGGAUCUGUUGCAUGUUAUAUUCUUCAAAGUAUUCAUCCAAGGUUUCCCUGUCGUAGUUCCUACUGUUUUCAGGAUUAGAGCACUGAUAACAUGUAACGAUUCACGGGCAUGUGGAGGAAGGUUAAAAAACAUUAAAUACUUACUUUUAUGACUGGUUCCGACACAAGUCAUUGAGUGAUUUCUUAGAAAGCCUUCCAAUAAAUACUUUGACGUGUAUAAGUUUACGAAAGUAAAUCUCGACGAGCGGUCAACAUUGUCAGGUAACAGUGCACUGUUGCCCUCAGAUGUCAUAUAGUUUGCAAUGCUGCGGGAUCGGAAAUCCUUAGUUUUUGGUUGCGAUUACGCAUGCGUGGCACAUAUGUAAACAGCAUUAGUUUAGACUUCCCGCACUAAGAAUGAAUGGAAUGUAUAGAACGUAAUCUGAUCACGCGCGUUUCGACCCUCUAUCACGUGUCAUAAAAUUAACGUGAUGUACAGCGCUAGAACAAGGGCGUUUUGACCUUCUGAGGAUCUUGCCCGCAAAGGCGGAGCAAGGGAUGGUGCAUUGGUGACAGCGCUCGCCUUCCACCAAUGUGACGCAGGUUCAAAUCUCGGCGUCGACAUGUGUCCUUCGAGUUUGUUGCUGGUUCUGUCCUUUGCUCCGAGAGGUUUUUCUCUAGGUUCUCCGGUUUUCCCCUCUCCUCAAAAACCAACAGUUCCAAAUUCCAAUUCGACCCGGAAUCAGAUAGACGAGAACCACUUACUGGAUGUGCUACCUCUAAAUCAUUAUUUAUUUAUUUUAUUUAUUUAUUUAUUCCCUACUUAUUACUAUUACGUGAGACAAAUAUUAGUUGUUGAUAUGCCUUUUUUUCUUGUGUGCAUCUCCAACCUGACUUCACAUACUUUUGAUGACUUUCCAUAGAUGCUACCUUGUAGACAACGUGGCUAAUCUGGUUACAGACCCAGACUUUCUCCUUGUCAGCACCACAGACGCCCGCGAGUACGAAAGAGUGAGCCUAGGACGGAAAGAAGGAGACAUCAUGAAACUGCUAGUUACCAAACACAAGUUUUUCGUUCCGAAUAAGCGAGUAGAUUUUCAGGGUAUUUGCAGCGUGUCGCCGUACGCACCUAAGGUAAGUGGUUAAGUCGAGUUUUCAGUAAUGAUAGCUUUUUUUUAGGGUGGAGAUUUCUGCAUCGUUAAUCAUUUUGACUGUUUACUGCUGGUGGUAACUACAGCGGACCACUGGUGGGCAAAGUAGUAGUUUUUAAUCCUAGUAGAGGGUCCCCAAUAGUGUUCUUCAAUCCCGUCAGCCCGUCACUUAAAAAGUGAAUUCGCGCUGCUUCAAACUUUAUCGUGUUGUUCCAUUUCGUUUAGUUUGCUGUUCCCGGCGUCAAAUGUUGGCAAAUUUUUCCGGUUUUUAAUUCUAAAAGACUGUAUCGAAGUUCAUGAAAAGAAAAAGAAAGUCGAUUCUUAUGUUCACGUCCUCCACAAAACGUGAAAUUAAGCACUUUCAUGCCGUAGUCUUGCAGUGAUUGCUAAAAAAUGUACAAAAAAGCGUGAUGCAUGUGCAAAGUUGUUGUUUUAAAGACCCCGUUUACACACGAAAUUUUACCUGUGCAGCCCGUUUACACGAGACCGUGCAAAUUCUGUUACAGAUUACAGUACUUUUUGCAUUUCAAAAACUUGCACGGUUCCGCGGGUUCCAUGUAAACGAAAGGCAGGUCCGUGCAAGUUUUUGUCCGUUCAAAAAUUUAAAGGGGGUCUAAAGCUAUUGUGGCGUUGACGUUCUCGCUGCCCUUGCCGUCGUCUUUGCUUAAAUCCCUAUUGGUUUGAGUUUUUGGGAGUGAAUGAUGCAGCCCCUUUGUUUUCGUUAAAGAUUGAGGGGUCCCAUCUAUUCCUUCAGGGAUAAUCUUGUCCUCGGACGUUGUUUUUAUAGGUGACACUGGAAGGAAUUGUUAAAACUCCUGAAGAAGAGGAUGAUUAUUACAAGAACAGAGGACCCAUUCCACCAUUCAGGAACGAGUAUGGUUGCAUUCAAGAUGUUGUGGGUUACACUUCGGACGACUCAGUUCUCGGUAAGACUUGCAGUUUCAAAUUCAAACCGGCAAAGCUCUAAGUGACAGUAACCUGAAAUUUGACUCUGUUUUUGUUGAUUUCCAUUGCUUGGUGGAUAAAUGAAGAGUUGAAGAAUCUUGUCUAUUUACCUUCUUUUGCUUAGGCCCGGUCCAGGCGCCGAAUUUUUCAUGAGCCGAACCUAAUUCUAAUUAUGGCCGACCCAAAUUAUUUAGACCGCCUAAAUUGAUUCAGACGCCGAUCUUAAUUCCAGCCGAACUAAAUUCACAGGGGCACCCAACGAGAAUAUAGUUUAAAACCACGCAAACACAGCAUUGUUUAACGUAUUUUAGUAUUUAAACAGUAGAUAUAGGCAUAUUUUUAUCCCCUAAAAAUUUUUAAUGUGUUCGGAUUUCCUGGUUGAAAGUCUUAUGAUCCGAAAAUUAUAGGGAUCAAAACUUACCUUUUCGAAAAUUUUAGCCAUAAAAAGGCUCCCGAAAAUUCUAGGUGACCUUUCAAAGGGUAAAAAUCCGUUAAAAAUGGGCAAUUAUACCAUUUUUUGGAUGUUCGAAAAUCCUAGGAGAGAUAGGCAAGCAAUAAAUUUUACAACAAAUGUUCCGAAAAUUCUAGAUCUCAAAUCGUCUUCCGAACAGAUAUUUUCCAAAAAUUGACGUUGGGUGCCCCUGAAUUCAGAAGGAGAAAAAUGCUCAAUUCCGGCAAACGGCUUACAAAAUCGGGGCUGUCAAUAAGGGCCGGUAGCCGGAUACCUUCACCUCCUUCUACCAUAACUGCUAACAAAAAAUAAGCGCCAUCGAAUAAAAUUUGUAAAGCAUCCGUUCCCCAGUUUUGAAUGACAUUGAACUCAUAUUUACACGGUUUUAGGUCUGUGAAACGUUCGAACCGUGCGAUGUCGUGGAACGCCUGGGACAUUUCGACGGCUUUGUUCCUAGUCUUGCAUGUAUUCUGUGGCUUUUCCGAGACUCUGAUUUUCUAAAUGUCCCUAGAUGCCUUGGCCCUCAAGAACUUGUGCCUUUGGUGCGAGUUCCAAAGCCGCCUACUAUUCAUUAGCAGCCUGCUACUUAAAAACUUUUUGACAGCCCUGCAAAAUACUUUGAAAGAAUUUGCGCAUUAGGGUUCAGUACAUAAAAUGUUUGGCGACUGAAUCCAAGGCGUUCCAAGGUCGAUCCAACUCGAAAGUCCCGGCCAGGCUAGGCGAAAAAAACCGGCUGAGUUGUUCCAAAUUGAAACAGGCGUUCCUAAUUGAUUCAGACGCCGAUCUUUUUAUGUACUUAGUUCAAUGUGUUAGGUUCGGCUCAUGAAAAGUACGGUGUCUGAACCGGGCCUUAGAGUUUCUAACGUGCUUUUUCAGGUCCCGAUGGGAUUAUUGCUGACUCUGUGGAUGGCCCAUGCCGAUCCGGGAACUUCUUCCUGUCAGCUCUCCGCAAGACUAAUUUAUACUUACUUGUGAUAGAGGACUGGAGCGAAUACCGUCAGUCGUACUUUUACAACUUCAACUGCCAUAUUAGUAACCGUGUAUACGAUGCAGGCGCAUUUCGUAUCGUGAACGGCACAUGUGCCCAUAUUGAAACACAAACAAGUUUGAAAAAGAAAGAAAAGUGCCCAGCCCUGAAAAACGUUCGCAUGAAGUGUAGUUAUAAUGUAGCAAAUUCUUUUAGAUUACCAAGACUUUGGGAACUUUUUUUAGUUACACUUACUUUGAUUCUUCGGAAUUGUAGUUGAAUUGUUACCUUAAUUUAUUUUUAUGGAAAUUAUCGAAAAAUUAUUUCAGUGAUUCCUUUUUUAAUUUUCUCAGUCAAUGUACAGUAUUUUGUAAUGUCUUCCUCGUUAAGACCACCAACCACUUUUCAAUUAACGAUUGUAGGUUCUUUUCACGUCCUUACAACUUUGUCAGAGAUGGACACCGUUGGUCGGAUCGGGUCCUAGAUAGAUAGGUGGGGUCUGCCCCGGUCAACCCAACCUUGAGUUGAAUAGUGCGCCAUCUGGUGUUUAAAAGCCAGAAACAAUGUCCACUCCAUAUUGAUACUUUGCCAGUAUCAAAUAUAACCAAACCCUUGAUUCGUAGACAGUCAAUGUAUAGAGAUUUAUUAUUUGUUUUCAUUCACAGUUUGUACAAUGAAGUAUAAAUUCCAACCCUGAUUAAAUACCAGAAAUUCGUUCAAUAAUAUAUGCGGGCCAAAAUUUAUUCAAAUUUAAUUCGACUCUUUAUAUCAAAUAUGAAGCUACCCUCAAUUUUUUUUGUUAACUCAUACAUUUCAAUUAAAAAUAUAAUGAGCAAAAUGAAUAAAAAGUUGA